AUGCCAGUGUUGCCCAAUGGAGGGAAGAUGGUGAGUCAGAGCAUUCAUUAACAUUUUGGAUGUAGUUAUUUUUCCCACCCUUCCCCCUCUCUCCCUCUGUAGUGUUUUCUCUGGGGUGAUGUAAAGGAGAUGGGAUGUUGCUGAUUAGCCUAAAUCCUGUGCUGAGUCAGCUGCUUUAUAACUCGCAGCCCUCUGCCCUUCUGUUCCGUCAGCACCUCCUGCUUUGUUUUGGCUCUCUUCCUCUGCUAGCAGCAAAUUGACAUGAAUCAACCUGCUAUCUGAUGUACUUAUGUAUGUACACAUCAAUCUUUCUUGGUGGUCAGUCACCAACAGUGAACCCUAUGUAGUUUAGCUGUCUGAGGUUGGCCUACUCUACUCUACUGUGUUUCUAUGGUCUGUAGUUUUAGUCUGGCCUGUCUCGUAGAUUUCAGAGAAAAGAUAGUCAUGUUUUUGAUGAGCUGAUACAUCUCAACAUUAAGUUUCCUUUAUAGCUUUGUAUAUCUCUUUUGUCUGCUAUUUCACCCACUUACUCCCUAUUACCUUGUAGCAGUGCAUUGUAAGGCUGCUUCGUAUCUGUGGAGGAAUGGGAGGUCUGGAGGACUGUGUUCGGAUAAGUUGUUGAGCAGACCAUGGCUUCAAGGACACAGAAAAAUAAACUGUUUUUCCUUUGUUCUGUGGUGCAGUCUUUUGCAUCUCCGGUAUAGGCCUAAGCGUCAGUGAAGUGAAACCUAUGUGCUGAGAGUGGAAGUGCAAUAGUCAAUUAAUUGAAUAAAGUGAAUAAAACUCCUGCAAUUAACUCCAUAAAAUAGUAUGCUUUCUCAAUGUUCUGCAGGGAUUUUUUGUAAACAAAAAAUAUUGUUCUGAUCGUGAAUGAAAUUGAUAAUGCCUCAUUUCAUGUGAUUUUACAAAUGUUCUGAAACGAAUAGUUGUAUUUUCAGAAUGCAAUUAGCAGCAGAGUGGAAGCCUAAUGGUGUGUAUAAUUAAUCUGUUUCUUUCUUGUAAGCAUUUUCCCAUCCUGGAGUCUGAUACCUUGUGGGAAUCUGUGGUAGAGAAGAAUAAUCUAUGACAAUUUAGCAUAGACCCUAGUUAUCAUCAUCAUGAAUUCUAUAGUUUAGGCAUUUAGCUAGCAAAGCAUAGCUAGCUAGUUGUUGUGUUAUCCAGCUAACAAUAAUAGUGCUUGUGUUGACACAGCUAUCUCGUUAACUAACGUUAACAUCCUGGGUGUGUCUCACGUAAUACCCUUGGGGUAUGGAUACCCUGAGAACAAGGUUCAGGGAAGAUAAGACCAUCGACCCCAGCUAACGUUACUGUAGUUAGCUAGCUAGCGAUUAGCGACCAUAGCAUAUUUUCCAGCUUUAGGUAGCUAGCUAGUUAGUCAAGGUUAGGAAACUAGCUAGUUAGCUUGCAAGCUAAUCCCCAAAAAACUACAGAUUGCAUGGAAAGUCUAUUCUGUAGAUGGUAACUAGCUAACUAGCCUAGUUGGUACCCCCAACAAAAAUGCCAGCUAGCGUUUACUAGGCUAGCUAACUACCUAUGCUAAAUCGUCCAGCAGAAUUAAUGUAUCCAAUAAAGAAAAACAAAUUGCAUGGAAAACAUACUUUCUCUCUCCUGUAUUGACUUUUUUGACCUACAACACUGUUUCUUUCGCGGCAAUCUUUCAUGUCUGGAUUUUGCACACUGACUUUGACCUUGUUCUUUGCACACUGUUACAUGAUGUCAGAGUGGUAGCCUAAUGGUGUAUAUAAUUCAUCACAGGGAGUUAUCACUCCCACCAUCCUGAUAAUGGGUAGAAAAAUGAAAGCUUUAUCUACAACAGCAGGCCAAACUUCUCUCAUAGUAAUGUGUUAUAUUAAUUCCAUAAAGUUACUAAUCAUUUUAGUAGAUGGAAUAAAUCAUUUUAGUAGAUGGAAUAAAUUGCUGACUGUCUCUUCAGGAUAGGACUUGGGAUCCCAUUAUAGUGAAUGUCAUUAACGCUAAAAUAAUCUUGAAGUAAAUUUGGAUGUGAUCCUAAGUUUUGUAAUCAAAAAGGUAGGCCUAAAUUAGAAUUACGAAAAGUAAACAUGUGCCCUGGGAAAUUAUCUGUCAGCAUUUUCACCUCAAUAUAGGCCUAUCUGCGAUAUCUCAAGGCGGGAUGUAACCUCAACACUGCCACUGUGCCACAUCAACCUAUUGAUGCUGCAUUUCUUAAUUUAAGCUUUUGUUGAAACAAUUACUACUUGUGCUGUCACAUCAUUUGAGUAUUCAGCAGUUUACAGUCUCUUUUCUUCAAUUGACAAUAAGUUACACAACAUCAUCAAUGAACUUGGGCAAGUGGGGGAGGAAUGUUAUCUAAAUGUGCAAACAAUAAUCAGAGCAAUUGAUGAGUUGAAUGAGUUGAAUGAAAUCUAUUUGUAUGUGUUCUUGUGUUCCAGUACACUCGGGUGUGGAUCCCAGACCCAGAGGAUGUGUGGAAAGCUGCAGAGAUCAUCAAAGACUACACAGAGGGAGAGCCCAUCCUGCACCUCAAACUUGAAGAUGAAUCGGUAAUAUACCACCCACUGGAUCAGGCCACAGUUAUUAGAUCCAUAUUAUUUUUUGGAGAAUAUAGCCCUUGCCUAAAGACUCAAUAUGCUUUGGUCUAUUUUGCUGUGCUGUUGUACAUUUAGCAUUUUACAUCAUGCUGUAUUGAAGCAGUUAAUGUGUGUGGGCGCCCAUGCACAUUCAUAAACUUUGGUGCCAUAAAUCAUUAAUCAUGUUUUUGAAGGGAAAACUGCAAGCUCUGAGAGUAAAAUAUACAGCUAUUAAAUUACAAUGCACUAUGCCAAGAGUAGUUUGAAUAUUUCAGCAUAUGAUGAGAUUAUCAUAUCACCUUAUGUAGCAGCAGUAUAUUGCUGUACAUACCUACUCACCCUAUUUAAUACUCCCUGCAGGGUGGGAUUGUCAGGUAUGAUUCAUACACACCUAGAUGCCAUCAUAUCCAUAUCCUUUAACAUAUAAAAAUGCUUAUUUCUCUUCUCAAUAAGCUGUGUGGAUUGUAAUAUUUGUACUAUUCUUAUGGACGGUGCUGCAAUAUGAUUUAAACUGAUAAAGGGAAAAGGGUCUUACCCUUAAAACAGGUACACAUGUGCAAACACUUGGCUUUAAUUAUUUUUUUGUGACAUUUUUGCUUGAACAACUUCUCCUGUUCCAGCCGUUGGAAUACCGCAUUGGACCCAAAGACAACGCUCUUCCCUUCCUCCGGAACCCUGAUAUCCUGGUGGGGGAGAAUGACCUCACAGCCCUCAGCUACCUGCACGAGCCUGCUGUCCUGCACAACCUCAAAGUGCGCUUUACCGAGUCCAAUCACAUCUACACAUACUGUGGUGAGUCUCUAUAACACAUCUCUAAACAGGCUACAUAUGAUGGGGUGAAUCUAUCCAAGUUUAUAUCUCUUCAAAUCUUAUCUUGCCAUCUAUUGCUCUGGUUUAUACAGUGCCAACUAACAUCAAUUAGAUUUGUCCAAUGUGGCUUGUGUUGCUUCUCUUCCAAAAGCCCUUGGCCUGACCUUUUGCUACAAAGUCCUCCAUGUUUACUAGUGUAGCUGGUCUAUUAUACACCAUGUAGGGUUGAGGCUUUUAUUGACCUUACUGGUUGUCUUGUCCCAACUUUUACAAACCUGUCCUCCCAAUCCCCAAUCAGCUAGGGUUCCAUUGACUAAAGCAACCAAUGAUUGCGCUGUAGCCAUGUGUGGAAUUCAUCCUAAACAAAGCAGACAAAAGGAAAUUAGUAUUCACUGGCCAUAGAUAUCACUAGCAUGUUUUAUUAGGGAGAUCUUUCCCCAUAAUAUCAAUGUGUUUUUAAUUACAAUAGUAUGUUGUACUGUACGUACAGUAUGAUAGGAUUAACUAAAUAAGAAGAAUAGUUUGUCUGUUGUCACAGGACAAACAGAGAUUUGUCUUUUUGCUUUAUCCCAACCCCCAAAGACACGCAAAUACACACACACACAUGGAUAUAUGAGAUAUAUUACUAAAUAUAGGUUUAAGUUACUACCGGUUACAGUAUCACUGUGAGUUAUAGUGAUUUUAGAGAGUUGAUCAUUUUAGUUGACUGGCUAUACUAUUCUCUCUAUUCUCCCUUCCCUCACUCCAUCCCUCCUCCAUAGGCAUUGUGCUGGUGGCCAUCAACCCCUACGAGCAGCUGCAGAUCUAUGGAGAGGAGGUCAUCAAUGCCUACAGUGGGCAGAACAUGGGAGACAUGGACCCACACAUCUUUGCUGUGGCAGAGGAGGCAUACAAGCAGAUGGCCAGGUACUGUAUGAGCCUCUGGGUACAGCUAAAUGGUUAUAACACAGGAUUGGGAUACUGUUACUGUAUCAGACCUGGUACAGUUGCCAAUUUCAUAAGCAAAUUAUAUGUAUUAGUCUGCUUUGGGAAGCUAUUGAGUUGUUACUGUGUGGCACAUAGCUGCAUAUCAAGCACUUGAUUAGACUCCUAAUUCAGUUUGAUAUGUAAUUUGAUCGUGUUGGUGUGGGACUGAGGGCCUAAAUAAGCAGUUGAGACAGAGAGAGUGUCUUCAAUGGAAGGUGUGGGUGGAUAAUAACAGUGCUCAGGUCCACAUUAACUGUCACCCUCCUCAAUGCUGUUUUCUCUGACAAGCAAAAUACAAUACCAUGUCCACAUUAAGCUGUAAUCACUGCCUACGUAAAUGCCCACUGCUGUAUUGUCCUGGCAACUCCAGUCAUGCAGAGUCGAUUAGCAUUGUAGGAGUGAUCCAUUGUAUAACUGUAGUGUUAUUGCAAUAUCUGAUAUGGUCCGAUGGUCAGUUACCUUUUUAACUGUAAAUAGCUUACAAAAUGUCUCCAAUGUCUUUCUCUCUCCCUUCUUCCUGUAGAGAUGAGAGGAACCAAUCCAUCAUAGUAAGUGGGGAGUCGGGGGCAGGGAAGACCGUCUCUGCUAAGUACGCCAUGCGGUUCUUCGCCACUGUGGGAGGGUCGGCCAACGACACCAAUGUGGAGGAGAAGGUGCUGGCCUCCAGCCCCAUCAUGGAGGUGAGGAUGGACUGAUCAUCCCAUACUGUAGACCAGCCCAGGCCAGCAAUAUGGCAUACUAGUAAGGGAAAUCGAUGGCAAACGCAAAGUAGUCUAAAUAAUAUAUAAAGUUAGGUUGUCAUGAUCUCCCGAGUGGCGCAGCGGUCUAAGGCACUACAGACCCAGGUCACUACAGACCCGGGUUCGAUCCUGGGCUGUGUCACAGCCGGCCGCGACCGGGAGACCCAUGAGGAGCUGCACAAUUGGCCCAGCGUCGUCUGGGUUAGGGGAGGGUUUGGCCGGCCGGGAUGUCCUUGUCCCAUCAUGCUUUCGCGACUCCUUGUGGCCGGCCGGGCGCAUGCGCGCUGACUUCGGUCGCCAGCUGUACAGCGUUUCCUCCGACACAUUGGUGCAGCUGGCUUCCGGGUUAAGCGAGCAGUGUGUCAAGAAGCAGUGCGGCUUGGCAGGGUCGUGUUUCGGAGGGCAUGGCUCUCGACCUUCGCCUCUCCCAAGGCCGUACGGGAGUUGCAGGAUGGCACAACACUGUAACUACCAAUUGGAUACCACAAAAAUAAAUAAAAAAUACACAAACGUUAGGUUGUCACUAGUUACCAAAGUCAUAAACCCCGCCUAUUUCUACAAUUUAUCUUCUUAAAAUGUAUUUUUAAACUUAACUCUAACCCUAACCACACUGCUAACCUUAUGCCUAACCCUAACCUUAAAUGAAGACCAAAAAACACAUUUUUGUUUUCAUGCAUUUUUAGGAUAAUAUUGCCAAUGUUUGAAAACCGUCACUUUGUAUGAGUUCAUUUCACAUUACUUUUGGGUUGUAAUUCUAUUAUAAUGCUCACAUGAAUGUCAUGCUGAAUAUAUGUUAAUAUCAUUGUCACAAAAAAAUUACUCAAAUUUAGUUGCUAGUAGAAUAACGUUACAAUGCCAAUAUCAUGUGUAAAACAGCUUUGGAACUAAACGUCCCUUACACUGCACUGCUUUUGUAGCACAUUUUGCUUAGUUGUUUCGGUGGGCUGGCCCUAACCUGCUCUCUAAGCGAAUUAUUCCCAUAGUUCGCUUCUGCAGACAGUUUUGUCAACAAGCUGCGGGCGUGGAGGUGUGAUGUUUCUUUAGAAGAAGCCUUGCUGUCGGCAUUUGCUGUCUCUCCUCUCGCUGGCUUAUCGAAAGGGGUUCGUGCUGGGUCAUCUGCAAGCGCAAGUAGCCUGGCUAGAUACGGCUCCCCUGAGAAGAUUCAGAAAAAUGACUUGACAGACUCGGUCCUCUCAAUUCGUAUAUAACGUGAGACACAUUUGAUAGAAGUACCGAAAGUAAAAAAAAAAAGUAUAGUACCGAACCGUUUUUCAUGUUCUAGUAUCGAAAAAGUAGCGAAGUUUCGGUAUAGCAUGCAACACUAUUAGGUGGGUUCUUGUCAAAAUGUAAUCGUGUUAACUUUCUCGGCACACAAAAAGUAUAAUGAACUCCACAUCUUCAGCUGUAACUUUGUGGAGAGUUCAGGCUACACCAAACUAUCAUUUUGAAAACUGUAAGUGAAGAAGCAAGCACAGCAGGAGUCCAUUACCCUCUCUCGCAUUCUGAAUCAGCAGAAACCUUUCUAAACAGCAAAGUCCCUCAGCCUGUGUGGAACGACAAGACCAGGAAAGGCUGCUAGCUAGAAAGAUCUCAGUCUGUCCUUCAGGAAGUUCAGGAGAAGGGCAGUCAGACAUCUCUGAGUCCAUUACCAGCCUCACGUCAGCUAGAUCAGUCAGGGUGAAGAAACCGAAACAGGACAGAUCUGUAUGCAAGGACAGUAUGGCUCAAGCCCCAUCUUGGCAGGUGUCACAGCUCAGAAUUAGGAGCAUUACGACUGUCAAGGUAUAUUACAAGCAGUAAGAAGACUAAAGGUUUUUUGUGUGGUAUGAAGUACAAUAUGAGAGGAUAGAAAUAUAUAUUUUACAGUGGUUAUGAUUUUCUUUUGAUCUCUUUUAAAGAUUUUAUUUUGAAACUCUCACACUUCUUCUGCCCCCUGCUUCUCUUUACAGGCUAUUGGAAAUGCGAAAACCACUCGCAAUGACAACAGCAGUCGUUUUGGGAAGUACAUCCAGAUUGGUUUUGACAGAAGUUAUCACAUCAUUGGAGCCAACAUGCGCACGUAUCUGCUGGAGAAGUCAAGGGUAGUCUUUCAGGUACGUGUAACUCCAUGCUCUUCAGUCUGGGAAGAAAUGGAUUAAGCCCUAACUUGACAUAUUUAUUCCAGACAAUCAAAUAUCAUAAUGAAUUUAUCUAAGUACUUUAAAGAAAUGAAUAGGCCUACAAGAUUAAAUUGCAGCGUGGGGGAACUCCUGAUCUUACAAAACUACCCAAGUAUUUCAUUCACUCAAAAUAUAUGAUUGAUAAACAGUUAGAGGCAGUGCAGGCAAAAAUGUGACUUUCCUGUGUAUUAUAUAUAUUUCCACACUAUGAGGUUGAAAUAAUAGUGUGAAAAUUAUGAUAAUGCCCUUUUAUUGUAAGAGCUGUUGGAAAAGACUGAAAUGUCAGCUUGUUUUGCAAGGUUGCUGUUUUGGACUCCCUGGUGACAUCACCAGGCAGUAUAAGUUUUAAUAGACCAAUAACAAAGAGAUUUUGCCCUCCUCUCUGCCAAUAACAGCUAGUUUUUAGGUUAUAUGUCCCUCCCAUUAGGCUCCUCCAAUUAGGACCCUCACUCAGACUACUCCCAGACAGUCCUAGCAAAAUUCUUGCUUGAGAAAUUGCUUUUUGACCAUUUAAUUGAAAACAAUCACAGUAAGGUACUUAAUUGUUACCCAGAAAUGAUUAUAUAUUGAUGUAAAAUGGCUUUAUUGGUCCUUUAAGUGAUUUCUGUAGUAUAUUUCUGCGUUUUAGGCUGAGGAUGAGAGGAAUUACCACAUCUUCUACCAGCUGUGUGCCUCGGCUAGCUUGCCAGAGUUCGAAGACCUAGCCUUGAGUAAGUGUCACAGAUGAAUAGCCCUCCUGUAGCUCAGUUGGUAGAGCAUGGCACUUGCAACACCAAGGUUGUGGGUUCGAUUCCCACGGGGGGCCAGUAUGAAAAAUGUAUGCACUCACUAACUGUAAGUCGCUCUGGAUAAGAGCGUCUGCUAAAUGACUAAAAUGUAAUGAAGUCUAUAUUCAACUAUGUUUCGUAAGCAAUUAAUUAUCUUUAUGUCAUGUUUACUAGAGGCAAUGAUUUCUCAAACUAAAGGAUUCAGAGAAUAAUGGAGUGCCUAUCAUGCCUGUCAGGGCCUCCUAAUAAGAACACUGAUCUUAUACAUUAAUUUCUAUCGCUACUUACCCCCUGCUUUCAUCCUGAAGCCAGUGCAGAGGAUUUCAUCUUCACAUCACAAGGAGAGAACAUCUUCAUUGAGGGAGUUAAUGAUGCUGAGGACUUUGCGAAGACGAGAGAAGCCUUUACGUUACUGGGUAAGUGUCUGACUGCAUGGGUACAUUCUAAGCUAGUAACACAUCUACAUUAGAACAGGCGUAAAGACUGACUGGGAUUUUGUUCUAAUCACACAAAAGAGAAAUAGAAACAUGUUAUUUUUCAAUCUCCCGAUGGAACAACUGUUAACAUGCACCUUACUCUGGUUAUUUGGCAGGUGUUAACGACAGCAAUCAAAGCAGCAUCUUCAGAAUCAUAGCUUCCAUCCUGCAUCUGGGAAACGUGGAGAUCUGCUCUGAGAGAGACGGAGACUCCUGCCACAUAUUAGUAUGUCACUAUCCAGUCUUAUCCAUCUUAAUUCUGUUUGAGUUUCUAGUUCCACAUCACAGCCCCAAACCAUGUGUCAGGGUGACGUGUAUGCGGUGAGCGAAGUCAAGCGCAGGACACCGAGCUACUGGCAGACGAACUUUACUAGCACAGUAAUAUAAAUACAAACAAACCUCCAAACAGGGAGGAAACAAAAUACGCAUACACCCGAGACUGCCGACCUCACGGAAAACAAUCACACACAAUAACCAAUGAGAGACAGGGGGUUAUAAAGGGAAUACAAUAUAACAUAAUGGGAAACAAGUGAAAACAAUCAGGAAAACUAGACAACCACCGAAACAUAGAUCGGUGGCAGCUAGUACUCCGGGGACGACGAACGCCGAAGCCUGCCCGAGCAAGGAGGAGGGGCAGCCUCGGCUGAUUCCGUGACAGUACCCCCCCUUGAGCCGCGCGCCGACCCCGGCCAUGGGGACGGCCAGGAGGACGCGGAGCAGGGCGAUUCGGAUGACUCCAGUUGAAGUCCCUCAACAUGGAGGGAUCUAGGAUGUCCCUCCUAGGGACCCAGCACCGUUCCUCCGGACCGUACCCCUCCCACUCCACGAGAUACUGCAGGCCCCCCAUCCGACUCCUCGAAUCCAAGAUGGAACGGACUGAGUACGCCGGAGCCCCCUCGAUGUCCAACGGGGGCGGAGGAGCCUCUCGUAUCUCACUCUCCUGGAGUGGACCAGCCACCACCGGCCUGAGGAGAGACACAUGGAACGAGGGGUUAAUGCGGUAAUUAAUGGGCAGUUGUAACCUAUAGCAUACCUCGUUCAAUCUCCUCAGGACUUUAAAUGGCCCCACAAACCGCCGACCCAGCUUCCGGCAGGGCAGGCGAAGGGGCAGGUUUCGGGUCGAGAGCCAGACCCGAUCUCCCGGUGCAUACACCGGAGCCUCACUGCGGUGGCGAUCGGCGCUCGCCUUUUGCCGCCUGAUAGCCCGCUGCAGAUGGACAUGUGCAGCGUUCCAGGUUUCUUCCGAGCGCCGAAACCACUCGUCCACCGCAGGGGCUUCGAUCUGGCUCUGAUGCCAAGGUGCCAGGACCGGCUGAUAACCUAGCACACACUGGAAAGGCGUAAGGUUAGUGGAGGAGUGGCGGAGUGAGUUUUGGGCUAUCUCUGCCCAGGGAAUAUAUCCUGACCACUCCUCCUGCUGGUCCUGGCAAUAGGACCUCAGAAACCUACCCACAUCCUGGUUCACUCUCUCCACCUGCCCGUUACUCUCGGGGUGAAAGCCUGAGGUAAGGCUAAUCGAGACACCCAGACGUUCCAUAAACGCCCUCCAGACCCUAGAGGUGAACUGGGGACCCCGAUCAGACACUAUAUCCUCAGGCACCCCGUAGUGCCGGAAAAACGUGUGUGAACAGGGUGUCAGCAGUUUGUAGGGCAGUAGGGAGACCUGGCAUAGGAAUGAGAUGCCAGGCCUUCGAAAACCGAUCCACAACGACCAAGAUCGUCGUGUUCCCCUGGGAGGGGGGAAGGUCUGUGACAAAAUCCACUGAUAGGUGAGACCACGGCCGUUGUGGAACGGGUAGGGAUUGUAACUUCCCUCUGGGCAGGUGUCUAGGCGCCUUACACUGGGCGCACACCGAACAGGAGGAAACAUAAACCCUCACGUCCUUAGCUAAAGUGGGCCACCAGUACUUCCCACUAAGGCAGUGCACUGUCCGACCAAUACCAGGAUGACCAGAGGAGGGUGACAUGUGAGCCCAAUAUAUCAAUCGAUCGCGAACCUCGAGCGGCACGUACCUCCGACCCUCUGGACACUGUGGGGGAGUAGUAUCGGUACGUAACGCCCGCUCGAUGUCCGCAUCAACCUCCCACACCACCGGUGCCACCAGACAAGACUCCGGGAGUAUGGGAGUGGGCUCAAUGGACCUCUCCACUGUGUCAUAUAGUCGGGACAGGGCGUCUGCCUUAGCGUUCUGUGACCCUGGUCUAUAGGUGAGCUUAAAUACAAAUCGGGAGAGAAACAUAGACCACCUUGCCUGGCGAGGGUUCAGCCUCCUCGCUGCCCGGAUGUACUCCAGGUUACGAUGGUCAGUCAGAAUGAGAAAAGGGUGUUUAGCCCCCUCAAGCCAAUGCCUCCACACCUUCAGGGCUUGAACCACAGCCAACAGCUCCCUGUCCCCCACGUCAUAAUUGCGCUCCGCCGGACUGAGCUUCUUAGAAUAGAAAGCACAGGGCAGAGUUUUGGUGGCGUACCCGAGCGCUGAGACAGCACAGCGCCGAUCCCAGCCUCGGACGCAUCCACCUCAACUUGGAACGCCAAAGAGGGAUCCGGAUGUGCCAGCACCGGAGCCGAGGUAAACAGGUCCUUCAGAUGUCUAAACGCCCUGUCCGCCUCAGCCGACCACUGCAGACGCACCGGACCCCCCUUUAGCAGGGAGGUAAUGGGAGCUGCUACCUGUCCAAAGCCCCGGAUAAACCUCCGGUAGUAAUUGGCAAAACCCAAGAACCGCUGCACUUCCUUCACCGUGGUGGGAGUCUGCCAAAUACGCACGGCAGAAACGCGGUCAAUCACCAUCUCCACCCCUGACGCGUACAACCGAUGUCCCAGGAAGGAGAUGGACUCCUGGAAGAACAGACAUUUCUCCGCCUUCGCAUACAGGUCAUGCUCUAACAGUCUACCAAGCACUCGACGCACCAGGGACACAUGCUCGGCUCGUGUAGCGGAGUAUAUUAGAAUGUCAUCAAUAUACACCACUACACCCUGUCCAUGCAAGUCCCGGAAAAUCUCAUCCACAAAUGAUUGGAAGACUGAAGGAGCAUUCAUUAAACCGUAUGGCAUGACGAGGUACUCAUAGUGACCCGAGGUGGUACUGAAUGCUGUCUUCCACUCAUCUCCCUCCCUAAUGCGCACCAGGUUGUACGCGCUCCUGAGAUCCAAUUUUGUGAAGAAUCGCGCCCCGUGUAAUGACUCCGUCAUACUAGCAAUCAGAGGGAGAGGAUAGCUGUAUUUGAUUGUGAUCUGAUUGAGACCACGGUAAUCAAUACACGGGCGUAAACCCCCAUCCUUCUUCUUCACAAAAAAGAAACUCGAGGACGCAGGGGAAGUGGACGGCCGUAUGUAUCCCUAUCUCAGAGAUUCGGUGACGUAUGUCUCCAUAGCCACCGUCUCCUCCUGAGACAGAGGAUACACAUGACUAUGCGUUAGCGCAGCGCUUACUUGGAGGUCUAUCGCACAAUCCCCCUGUCGAUGAGGUGGUAAUUGAGUCGCCUUCUUUUUACAGAAGGCGAGUGCCAAAUUGGCAUACUCAGGUGGAAUGUGCAUGGUGGGAACUUGGUUCGGGCUUUCCACCGUCGUUGCCCCUACGGAAACACCUACACACCGCCCGAAACACUGAUCAGACCAUCCCUUGAGAGCCCUCUGUUGCCAUGAAAUGUUGGGGUCAUGAGAUGUUAACCAGGGAAGCCCCAACUCCACGGGAAACGCAGGAGAAUCAAUAAAAUACAAACUUAGUAUCUCCUCAUGGCCCUCCUGCGUUUUCAUCCUGAGCGGCGCUGUGACUUCCCUAAUCAAUCCUGACCCCAAAGGGCGGCUAUCUAGGGCAUGGAUGGGGAAGGGCACAUCAACAGGUACAAUAGGAAUCCCUAACUUAUAGGUGAAUUGGCGAUCGAUAAAAUUCCCAGCUGCGCCUGAAUCUACUAGCGCCUUAUGCUGGGAGUGAGGAGAAACCUCGGGAAACACAACUUUAAUACACAUAUGCACAACAGAGAGCUCUGGGUGAGUUGGGUGCCUACUCACCUGGAAUGACUCAUCAGUGCGCUGCUUACCGCCUCGAUUCCUAGGAGGCCCUCCCCAGCACCGACCAGCAGUGUGUCCUCUGCGGCCACAGUUGGCGCAGGGGACGGCCUCCCUCCUGGUCUCUCUCCUGGUCUCCCUAGCACCAGCACCUCCGAGCUCCAUAGGGGUCGGCUCGGAAGUGCUGGGGGAUGGAAUGGACGGCCCUGAAUCCGGACGUCCACGGGUAGCCAACAGGGUAUCCAGACGAAUGGACAUGUCCACCAGUUGGUCGAAGCUGAGGUUGGUGUCCCUGCAGGCCAAUUCCCGACGCACGUCCUCCCUCAGGCUACAUCUAUAGUGGUCGAUGAGGGCCCUCUCAUUCCAUCCCGCGUUGGCAGCCAGCGUCCGGAAGUCCAGCGCGAACUCCUGUGCGCUCCUCCUCCCCUGUCUAAAGUGGAAUAGACGCUCACCCGCCGCUUUACCCUCGGGUGGAUGAUCGAAUACUGUCCUGAAGCGGCGGGUGAACUCCGCAUAGUUGACAGUAGCGGCGUCUAUUCCCCCCCACUCGGCAUUGGCCCACUCCAGCGCCUUGCCGGACAGACAGGAGAUGAGGGCGGACACGCUCUCGUAUCCCGAGGGCACCGGGUGGAUGGUUGCUAGGUAGAGUUCAACCUGGAGCAGGAAACCCUGACACCCGGCCGCUGUACCAUCAUAAGCCCUCGGGAGCGAGAGCCGAAUCCCACUGGACCCCGGAGGUGAAGCGAUGGGCAUCGCCGAUGGUGGUGGUAUCGUUGGAGAAGGCGUAGGCAGACCCUCUCUUUCCCAUCGCCCAAUAGUGCUCACCAACCGUUCCAUGGCGGUGCCGAGAGCCUGGAUCAUGGCCGCUUGGUGUUCGACGCGUUCCUCCAUUGAUCCAGCUGGCACCGCCGCUCCUGCUGACUCCAUGAAUGGUGUGUGAUUCUGUCAGGGUGACGUGUAUGCGGUGAGCGAAGUCAAGCGCAGGACACCGAGCUACUGGCAGACGAACUUUACUAGCACAGUAAUAUAAAUACAAACAAACCUCCAAACAGGGAGGAAACAAAAUACGCAUACACCCGAGACUGCCGACCUCACGGAAAACAAUCACACACAAUAACCAAUGAGAGACAGGGGGUUAUAAAGGGAAUACAAUAUAACAUAAUGGGAAACAGGUGAAAACAAUCAGGACAAACUAGACAACCACCGAAACAUAGAUUGGUGGCAGCUAGUACUCCGGGGACGACGAACGCCGAAGCCUGCCCGAGCAAGGAGGAGAGGCAGCCUCGGCUGAUUCCGUGACACCAUGUAUCUUCUCUAUACCUCAUACCUAAUUUGUUUAUUACAUUUGUGUGUGUGUGUGUGUGUGUGUGUGUUUUUAGAAGAACGACCCUCACUUGACACAUUUUUGCCAGUUGCUGGGGGUGGAGCUGGAGCAGAUGGAGCACUGGCUAUGUCACAGGAAGCUGGUUACCACGUCAGAGACCUAUGUCAAGAACAUGUCCCGCAAACAGGCGGCUAACGCACGCGACGCGCUCGCCAAACACAUCUACGCGCACAUGUUUGACUGGAUUGUGGAGUAUGUGAACAAGUCCCUGCACACCUCCUCCAAACAACACUCUUUCAUUGGUGUUCUGGACAUCUACGGGUAAGACUGUCCACCUGUGCUCCCCAAAACCUCUAAAAACAAAGCUCAACAGUGGGUUGGUUUGAAUUGUGAGAGAAACUUUUUUUGUUGUUAUUUUUUAUUUUUUUGGGGUCAUUUAGCAGACGCUCUUAUCCAGAGCGACUUACAGGAGCAAUUAGGGUUAAGUGCCUUGCUCAAGGGCACAUCGACAGAUUUUUCACCUAGUUGGCUCAGGGAUUAGAACCAGCGACCUUUCGGUUACUGGCACAACGCUCUUAACCACUAAGCUACCUGCCGCCCCACUAACUUGACUGUGUGGUGAGAACCGAUUUUCUAGCCAGCACCAGAAGUCUUCUUUAAGGAGUGAAAUCUCAGCCAUGGUGAAUGUUAAAAUAAUCCCAGGCUUGUAGUUAAUUAACACACUGUGACAGCAGGCACACAGAACAACAUCCCAAUCCCACAUUCUUAAUUUUGCCUUGCAGUUCUGUCACACCAUGUUAUUUGUACCAGGGUACGAAGAAGCUUGAUAUUUGAUGAGUAGAUUUCAUAACUACUCAGUGUGUGUGUGCCCUCGAGUCUGCAGAUGUGCCUCUGUGUCGACGCGAAUGUGUGUGUGUGAGGGCUAUGCGUCUCUCCAGCUAAAUAUGUCCAUCCACUGUGUUUUAAGUGCAUCUUCUCAUUACAGUAGACUAGAGUAUGGAACCAUAUUGACUGGGGGUGCUGUGCUCUUCCUCUGCUUGACCCUGUCUGACUGAAGGCCUAAUUGGUUCCCUGCUGUGGGUUAUAUUAUUGAUAAGGCUAGCUGCUGGGGCAGGGAGGGGAGAGAUACUGAGCUACAGUGGAAACCUCUCCCCAAAUAAGACAUUCAGCAGACACAGCAGCCUGGUUACUUUUACAUGCUUUGCACGAGCAGUGACUCUGAAGACCAGUUUUCCAUGGCCUCUGUCUGUCUAUUCAGCAUUGUAUUUUCAGCUAUCACGUCAGGCAUACAUUUACGUUUACAUUUUAGUAAUUUAGCAGACACUUUUAUACAGAGAGACUUACAGGAGCAGUUAGGGUUAAGUGCCUUGCUCAAGGGCACAUCGACAUAUUUUUCACCUACCUACAUCAGUGGGAUCAAUCAACAUCUCAGUCCUGAAGUCCUGGGUUUUAUUGACAACUGUAACCUUAAAUGAGUGAUGAUUGUUUGGUGCAGUUUUCCUCUAGGCCCGUGAUUUAGAAUCACUGUGUGUUUACAACAGGAUGACGAGACCAGAGACUUCUGACUCACUAAACACUUUAAUGUUUUAUUUUCAUCUGAACAGAUUUGAGACCUUUGAGAUAAACAGCUUUGAGCAGUUCUGCAUCAACUACGCCAAUGAGAAACUUCAGCAGCAGUUCAACCAGGUGAGUUUGAGACUAGAUUGUAAUCUAGCUACCUUUACCUUAGUUUCCAAGGUUCUGUAGAGGAGACGUGACAACUUGUCGCUGUUAACCUCAUGACUCAACAUGUAUUUAUUCAAGUGAAAUAAUUCAUUACUUAGUCUAACUGAUAACCUGCUGUGCUGUAGCUCACUGUGUGGCUGUCUCUCUGUGUCCUCAGCAUGUGUUCAAGCUGGAGCAGGAGGAGUACAUGAAAGAGCAGAUCCCCUGGACGCUCAUCGACUUCUAUGACAACCAGCCUUGUAUCGACCUCAUAGAGGCCAAGCUGGGCAUCCUGGACCUGCUGGAUGAGGAGUGCAAGGUGGAGCACCCUGUCUUACAUAUCAUGUCUUAGUCCAGAGCUCCAGAGUACAUAGUUCGUAACUCAUUAGUGGGCAAGUUUAUAGGGACGAUUGGCCGUAGGAGGACUUAUAGUGCUGGAUGCACUUGAGCAGUCUCAGGUGUUGAACAGUCUUUAGUGUUCAGGGCUGGGGGGAGCGGAGCAGAGCAGAGCGUACUGCUGAUCCCAGCAUUUAUAAACCUCUUGUCUCAGUUAAUGGGACUCCUCCUGCUUUCAUACAGUGGGGAAAAAAAGUAUUUAGUCAGCCACCAAUUGUGCAAGUUCUCCCACUUAAAAAGAUGAGAGAGGCCUGUAAUUUUCAUCAUAGGUACACGUCAACUAUGACAGACAAAUUGAAAAAAAAAAUUGCCAACAAAGGGUAUAUAACAAAGUAUUGAGAAACUUUUGUUAUUGACCAAAUACUUAUUUUCCACCAUAAUUUGCAAAUAAAUUAAUUAAAAAUCCUACAAUGUGAUUUUCUGGAUUAUUUUUUCUCAUUUUGUCUGUCAUAGUUGACGUGUACCUAUGAUGAAAAUUACAGGCCUCUCUCAUCUUUAUAAGUGGGAGAACUUGCACAAUUGGUGGCUGACUAAAUACUUUUUUCCCCCACUGUAUGUACACAGCGUGGCCUGCGUCUGUUUCACCUGCCUGCAUCCAGAUCUUUAUCUGAGUUAAGGCCUUUGGAACAAAACAGAUUACUUAUUUAUUUCACUCAUCCUGUCUCAUCCCGCAUCCCUUUGAAGUUAAUGACAAUAAUUUGGAACAACCUCAAAUACUUAGUAUUCUGAGCACAGGUAACGUGGGUAGAACGUUUUGGUUUUCUCCAUGGUUGUAUAUAAUCUCUCUCCUCUUUCCUUCUUUCCCUCCACCUACUGCUGCUACAGGUGCCAAAAGGGACAGAUCAGAACUGGUGCCAGAAGCUGUACGAUCGCCUUUCAAUCAGCGUCCAUUUCCAGAAACCACGGAUGUCCAACACAUCUUUCAUUGUCAUUCACUUUGCUGAUAAGGUGGGUAGACCCAACGUAGAGACAAAAUGUAUCACAUGAAAAGCACCUGUACGUAUGGCUCUUCAGUUAGGUGAACAUUUGAUGACCCCAAGGUUGAUGGUUGAAAUUUCGUUUGAGAAAAAAAAAAAUUGUUACAGGCCUCAAAGGGUCAAUCUGCGAUUGCUACAUCAAUUUCUUGACAUUUAAAUUCAUGAUAUAUACCCAUUGAUUCUUGAAGAGUAUAACUUGUACAUGCCUCAUGAGGUUAGUCCAACUGUCGUACCCCAUCAGAACCCUUUGUUUGUAAACAACGCAAUUGUAAACACUCUAUAGCCUCAAAACAUGGUUAAAACUAGAACAUUGAAUCUCAUGGAUGGUCAGUCCUUCCAUCAAUAGCUCUUCCUAUGAAUUUGAGAGUGAUUACAUUUCUCAGCCCCAUCCCUUAGUUAUUUACCAAAUCAGUGGCGGGGUGACAGUUUAUUGUUUCAAAUGCAGAUUGACCCUUUAAGCAAGGUAACGUAUUUAAACCAAACUGCUUCAAUAUACCUGCCUGAAUAAUUCGGACAAUCUACAAGUUGUGCUAUUCAAAGGACUUUUAAAGGACAUGACAUGAAUCUCCCUCAUUGCAGGGGCUUUGCCUGAAAAUAAUAAAUGUGAAUAGCCCAUGAUGACUAAACUCAUCAGAGAGGCGCUGUGUGUUAGUGUAACCUCGUCCCUACCGCUUAUAAGCCUGGGAUAUCAACCACUCAACAGUUGGUCUUACUGGGAGUGACCAUAGAAUUCUAUGGGAGUGACCUACUGAGUAAAGUAUUUGUCAUCAUUUAAUUUUAGCAAAUCACAGGACUGCGAGGCGUGGCUCUGUGCUUGUAGUGUGCUAGCGUAUGGGGGAGGGUUAGGGGGAAGGUUUUGUGGGAGAUGAUUGGGUGGUAAAUUAAGCCAAUUAAGCCAAUGCCUAUUGGCUAACAAAGGCCAAGUUUGACGCGUUGGUCCACCAGACUCUUUGCGCAUUUGGGCGGAAUUGUCUGAGAAUGAGAUUAGUAUGAGUAUAGUUUUGGUGUGAGUUGGGUGUUGGUGUGAGUAUAGUGUUGGUGUGAGUAGAGUGUUGGUGUGAGUAGAGUGUUGGUGUGAGUAGAGUGUUGGUGUGAGUAGAGUGUUGGUGUGGUGAGUGUUGGUGUGAGUAGGUGUUGGUGUGAGUAGAGUGUUGGUGUGAGUUGGGUGUUGGUGUGAGUUGGGUGUUGGUGUGAGUAUAGUGUUGGUGUGGUAUGUGUUGGUGUGGUCAGCAGUGUUGGUGUGGUUCGUGUUGGUGUGCGUAGUGUUGGUGUGCGUGAGUGUUGGUGUGGUCGCGUGUUGGUGUGAGUUGGGUGUUGGUGUGCGUGCGUGUUGGUGUGCGUUGGGUGUUGGUGUGGUCUCGUGUUGGUGUGCGUUAGUGUUGGUGUGGUCGCGUGUUGGUGUGCGUCGCGUGUUGGUGUGCGUCUCGGUUGGUGUGCGUUGGGUGUUGGUGUGCGUUGGGUGUUGGUGUGCGUCUCGUGUUGGUGUGCGUCGCGUGUUGGUGUGCGUCUGUGUUGGUGUGCGUCGCGUGUUGGUGUGCGUUUGGGUGUUGGUGUGCGUUGGGUGUUGGUGUGCGUCUCGUGUUGGUGUGCGUCGCGUGUUGGUGUGCGUCGCGUGUUGGUGUGCGUGCGUGUUGGUGUGCGUUGGGUGUUGGUGUGCGUUGGGUGUUGGUGUGCGUCUCGUGUUGGUGUGCGUCGCGUGUUGGUGUGCGUCGCGUGUUGGUGUGCUUCGUGUUGGUGUGCGUCGCGUGUUGGUGUGCGUUGGGUGUUGGUGUGCGUCUGUGUUGGUGUGCGUCGGUGUUGGUGUGCGUCGCGUGUUGGUGUGCGUCGCUGUUGUGUGUGCGUCGCGUGUUGGUGUGCGUUGGGUGUUGGUGUGCUUGGGUGUUGGUGUGCGUCUGUGUUGGUGUGCGUGCGUGUUGGUGUGCGUCGCGUGUUGGUGUGUGCGUACGCGUGUUGGUGUGCAGUAGCGUGUUGGUGUGGUAGCGUGUUGGUGUCCGUUGGGUGUUGGUGUGCGUCUCGUGUUUGGUGUGCGUCGGUGUUGGUGUGGUUGGGUGUUGGUGUGCGUCUCGUGUUGGUGUGCGUCGCGUGUUGGUGUGCGUCCGUGUUGGUGUGCGUCGCGUGUUGGUGUGCGUCGCGUGUUGGUGUGCGUUGGGUGUUGGUGUGCGUUGGGUGUUGGUGUGCGUCUCGUGUUGGUGUGCGUGCGUGUUGGUGUGCGUUCGUGUUGGUGUGCGUCGUGUUGGUGUGCGUCGCUGUUGGUGUGGUCGCGUGUUGGUGUGCGUCCGCGUGUUUGGUGUGCGUCGCGUGUUGGUGUGGUUGGGUGUUGGUGUGCGUCGCGUGUUUGGUGUGCGUUGGGUGUUGGUGUGCGUUGGGUGUUGUUGUGUGCGUUGGGUGUUGGUGUGCGUUAGUGUUGGUGUGAGCAGAGUGUUGGUGUGAGUAUAGUGUUGGUGUGAGUUGGGUGUUGGUGUGAGUAGAGUGUUGGUGUGAGUAUAGUGUUGGUGUGAGUAGAGUGUUGGUGUGAGUAUAGUGUUGGUGUGAGUAGAGUGUUGGUGUGAGUAGACGUGUAGACGUGUACCUAUGAUGAAAAUUACAGGCCUCUCUCAUCUUUUUAAGUGCGAGAACUUGCACAAUUGGUGGCUGACUAAAUACUUUUUUCCUCCACUGUAAAUAAGUUCAGGAGUAAAAAUGUGCUUCACUAGUCACAUAAUAAGUUGCAUGGACUCACUCUGUGUGCAAUAAUAGUGUUUUCCAAUGCCUCGCCAAGAAGAGCACCUAUUGGUAGAUGGGUAUAAAAUUCAAAAGCAGACAUUGAAUAUCCCUUUGAGCAUGGUGAAGUUAUUAAUUACACUUCGGAUGGUGUAUCAGUACACCAAAACAUGCAUCCUGUUUGCAAUAAGGCACUAAAGUAAAACUGCAAAAAAUGUGGCAAAGAAAUGCAUUUUUAUGUCCUGAAUAUGUUUGGGGCAAAUCCAACACAACACAUCACUGAGUACCACGCUUCAUAUUUUCAAGUAUGGUGGUGGCUGCAUCAUGUUAUGGGUAUGCUUGUUAUCGGCAAGGACUAGGGAGUUUUUGGGGAUAAAAAUAAACAGAAUAGAGCUAAGCACAGGCAAAAUCCUAGAGGAAAACCUGGUUCAGUCUGCUUUUCAUCAGACACUGAGAGACAAAUUCACCUUUCUGCAGGAUAAUAACCUAAAACACAAGGCCAAAUAUACACUGGAGUUGCUUACCAAGACGACAUUUUAUGUUCCUGAGUGGCCUAGUUAUAGUUUUGACUUAAAUCGGCUUGAAAAUCUAUGGCAAGACUUGAAAGUGGCUGUCCAGCAAUUAUCAACAACCAACUUGACAGAGCUUGAAGAAUUUUUUUAAUAAUAAUGUGCAAAUAUUGUACAAUCCAGGUGUUCAAAACUCUUAGAGACUUACCCAGAAAGACUCAGAGCUGUAAUCUCUGCCAAGGGUUAUUCUAACAUGUAUUGACUCAGGGGUGUGAAUACUUCUAUGAAUUAGAUAUUUCUGUAUUUAAUUAUUAAUACAUUUGCAAACAUUUCUAAAAACAUGUUUUUACAUUGUCAUUAUGGGGUAUUGCGUGUAGAUGGGUGAAGAAAAAAUAAAUGUAAUCCAUUUUGAAUUGAGGCUGUAACGCAACAAAAUGUGGAAUAAGUCAAGGGUAUGAAUACUUUCUGAAGGAACUGUAAUUACCGUAGUUGAUUAAAUGUUUGCUUAUUUAGUUGUCAGUGUAUUUAGAUGUACUGUAUAUUUCUAUAAGUGCAGUCCAUUACAUCUACAUGACCAGUCAAAAGUUUGGACACACCUACUCAUUCCAGGGUUUUUCUUUAUUUUUACUAUUUUCUACAUUGUAGAAUAAUAGUGAAGACAUCAAAACUAUGAAAUAACACAUGGAAUCAUGUAGUAACCAAAACAGUGUUAAACAAAUCAAAAUAUAUUUUCUAUUUGAGAUUCUUCAAAGUAGCCACCCUUUGCGUGAUGACAGCUUUGCACACUCUUGGCAUUCUCUCAAUCAGCUUCAUGAGGUAGUCACCUGGAAUGCAUUUCAAUUAACAGGUGUGCCUUGUUAAAAGUUAAUUUGUGGAAUUUCUUUCCUUCUUAAUGCGUUUGAGCCGAUCAGUUGUGUUGUGACAAGGUAGGGGGGGUAUACAGAAGAUAGGCCUAUUUGGUGAAAGAUCAAGUUCAAAUAAUGGCAAGAACAGCUCAAAUAAGCAAAGAGAAACGACAGUGAAGGUCAGUCAAUGCGGAACAUUUCAAGAACCUUUAACGUUCUUCAAGUGCAUUCGCAAAAACCAUAGAGCUAUGAUGAAACUGGCUCUCAUGAGGACUGCCACAGGAAAGGAAGACCCAGAGUUACCUCUGCUGCAGAGGAGAAGUUAAUUAGAAUUACCAGCCUCAGAAAUUGCAACCCAAAUAAAUGCUUCACAGUGUUUAAGUCACAGACACAUCUCAACAUCAACUGUUCAGAAGAGACUGCGUGAGUCAGGCCUUCAUGGUCGAAUUGCUGCAAAGAAACCACUACUAAAGGAGACCAAUAAGAAGAAGAGACUUGCUUGGGCCAAGAAACACGAGCAAUCGACAUUAGACUGGUGGAAAUCUGUCCUUUGGUCUAUGAGUCCAAAUUUGAGAUUCUUGGUUCCAACCACUGUGUCUUUGUGAGAUGCAGAGUAAGUGAACGGAUGAUCUCCGCAUGUGUGGUUCCCACCGUGAAGCAUGGAGAAGGAGGCGUGGGGGUGCUUUGCUGGUGACACUGUCUGUGAUUUAUUUAGAAUUCAAGGCACACUUAACCAGCAUGGCUACCACAGCAUUCUGCAGCGAUACGCCAUCCCAUCUGGUAUAGUGGGUCUAUAAUUUGUUUUUCAACAGAACAAUGACCCAACACACCAGGCUGUGUAAGGGCUAUUUGACCAAGAAGGAGAGUGAUGGAGUGCUGCAUCAGAUGACCUGGCCUCCACAAUCACCCGACCUCAACCCAACUGAGAUGGUUUGGGAUGAGUUGGACCUCAGAGUGAAGGAAAUGCAGCCAACAAGUGCUCAGCAUAUGUGGGAACUCCUUCAAGACUGUUGGAAACGCAUUCCAGGUGAAGCUGGUUGAGAGAAUGCCAAGAGUGUGCAAAGCUGUCAUCAAGGCAAAGGGUGGCUAUUUGAAGAAUCUCAAAUAUAAAAUAUAUUUUGAUUUGUUUAACACUUUUUUGGUUACUAUAAGAUUCCAUAUGUGUUUUUUCAUAGUUUUGAUGUCUUCACUAUUAUUCUACAUUGUAGAAAAUAGUAAAAAUAUAGAAAAACCCUUGAAUGAGUAGGUGUGUCCAAACCUUUGACUGGUACUGUACCUCUGUCCCUGGCAGGUUGAGUACCAGUGUGACGGGUUCCUGGAGAAGAACAGAGACACUGUCUACGAGGAACAGAUUAACAUUCUGAAGGCCAGCAAGGUGAGAGCGAAUAAUAUCAUUAAACCACCAGCACAACGUCACAGCCAUAAUAAUACUCCUGCUUAUUUUCCUAUAUCAUAUAGGGGACACUUCCUCCCAAGCUAAACACACUGCCCACGUAACUGGAGAACGCAGGUCACAAAGAAGUCUAUUUUUAAGCUCUAACUGAUUUAAUAUCCAACCCUUUGUCCUUUACUGCUUUUAUGGACUUCUUUCUUGGAAAAGCAGCACUGUUUGAAGCCUCUUUAAGCAGAAAACUGAUUUGGUACAAGCUUUACUUUUACCAAAUUAGUUUACUGCUUAAAGAGGCUUCAGUUUUGGGACAGAGUGAAACUACGCAAAAAAAGUUACAUGAUUUAGAAAGUGGCAAGUUGAAAGCAUUUCACAGGUUCCUAUGCUGGCAAGUAUAGCUUCUAUCAGAUAGUUGUUGUUUAAAGCCAGGCUGACAACUUGACAACACUUCACAUGAACCCUACAGUUUAAAUCCUACUUUACAUUCUAAUUUGAAAUACAUUGAAGGUCAAUUAAGCAGUCAUAUCAACAUUCUACUAUAUUGCAGAUGAACUGUCACAAUCACAACACACAUACACACACACACACACACACACACACACACACACACACACACACACACACACACACACACACACACACACUCUUUCUGGAGGUCCCCUGACUCCUGCCUCUCCAAGCCAAACUCAAACUGUUUGAUAGAAACCUAACUUCAGCUCAUGUUCUCUGCAUGACCUUUGUGAUAUAAGCUAAAUAAGCCAAAUGUGCAUUGGCUUUCUCAGUCAUUUGAAUUCAGUUCAUUUCAACUUUCACACCCCCACUGCCACUCACUCUCUUUGGGACAAAUACCAACUUUAGUUGACUUUGUCUCGUGUUAGUAUUCAGCCAUUUCUUUUUCUUCCAUCUUUUCUCCCUCGCUCCUAAUGUCUCCUCAGCAUUACUAAUGCAACAGGCAUUAAGAGCGUGGAAAUGAGAGGGAAUAUUGAGAGGAGAGAUUUCAUAUUUCAUGUUCUGUCUAAAAGCAUCUCGUCAGUGGAAAGAAAUCCAUUUUCCAUCAGAAAGACACCAAGCUCCAUUGAACAGCAUGGAUAAGUAUAAGAAGGAUUGAAUAGAACAAAUACAUUUCAGAUGCAGUCAAGGUUUCCUGAACAAAAGCAGUGAUGAAGACAUAGCAGGUCCACCCCUGGGGAUUGCAGUCUCAAUAUUGUAAAAUAUCAUGUACUGCAUUUCUGUCUCUCUACCUGUCAUUUCAAUUCCCUUUCUAGUGUGAGUUUUGCACCGUAGUUGUCUCUGAGGCCCUAGCUCAUUAAACCCUCAUAUCUAGCUGAGGAUGACAGUGACAGAGAAACCUGUCAGCAGUGGGGAGCCUUGGAGGACUCGUGAGGGUCAGGAAACUUCCUCCAGCUGAUAAUACUUUCCUCAAUGGACCAUUACUGUAAUAUAUCACAGCCUGAGAGGAGAAGGAGGAUGGAGCAAGGAAUCUCCUCCAUGAAUCUUCAUAAAAUGACCAUAAAUCCAAUCCUACUCGCGGAGAGCUUAUUUUAUUUGCAAGGUUAUGAAGGAAAUAUUUUCCUAAAAACUUUAAUGUUCAUGUCAGAAUGAAACACUCUUGGCAAGUUUGGCAGAGAGAAGUAUGAGAGAAUAGUUAUCAGUAUGGAUAGUGGGACUGGACUGGACCUUAUCAUUAGUCUCAUCACACCAGCCUUAUCUGUGACAGGAAUAUUAAUGUGCCAUCAUCAGUAUUCCCUCUGCAUCCAUCUCUCUCUCUGCCAUGAUCAGAUGUGAUGCUGCUGCUUGAUUGUUACCCUUCACUGGUUCUGCUGAGGAGAUGUGCUUACAGAAUGCUCCUUACUGAAGCCUGAACGCUGGUUUGUUGACGUCCCGUCCAGCCGUGCUCUUCGUUACUGUAGUCUCUUCUUUAACACACACAGCUAUUUCACUGGAUCCUACAGUAUAGCACUAUACAGUAUGUAUCUUAUGAAAAAUAUGUUAAUAAAGAUUUCCCGCCACAUUUGGUGUGGUUUGGGGAUUUGAUGUUGUUAUCCAGCUGUAAAAUGGGUUAUAAUAUAAUCUGUUUUAUGAUAAAUUGUUUGGAUGAAACCCGCUGCUAAACAUAUGAAUGAUUAAUGUGGUUAACUUGUCCCCCAUCUCCCAGUUCCAGCUCGUGGCAGAUCUGUUCCAGGACACUAAUAAAGACAGCAGCAUUUCCACGUCUUCCUCCAGCAAGUCCUCCAGGGUCAACGUGCGGGCGGCCAAACCAACACCCAAAGUCCCCAACAAGGAGCACAGGAAAACUGUGGGCCACCAGGUUAGCAUCCCCUCUGACACUAUGAGGCCUGAGUUCAAUCAACGUGCCUUUGGGCAGGAGUCUGUCUGUGCCAUUGUCAUAGUCCAUUUCUAAAGAGUGUAUUCAACCUUUCUAUAGAAAGCAUUAAGAAAACUUUCUCCAUCGUAGAUGUGUUUAACUUUGCCUUUGUGGUACUUCUCAUCCCCUUCUGUCUGUUUGUUUACUGUAGUUCCGUAGCUCCCUGCAGCUUCUCAUGGAGACCCUGAAUGCCACCACCCCCCACUAUGUGCGUUGCAUCAAGCCUAAUGAUGAGAAGGAGGCAUUCUCGUGAGUAAAUAUUCUUACCUCGACUGUCUUCCCUAAUCAGAUCUAUAAGCCUGUGGUCUCCCACAGCUUAAGAAACAUGUGGUACGGUCAUAGUGAGGUCAUAUCUGCUUAUAUAAGAGAACUCUAAUGAACAUGCAUGUAGUCAGGUGGAAAGACAAUCAGGAGAGAGUACUGUGUGGGAGAGACAGAGAGACAUCACCUGGGUGUACAUGCUGUGUUUAUUCUUUGGUUGCCUUGGCCCUUGUGUAGCCUGAGGUACGGAUUCUGUCUCUCUUGUUGAGUAACUCUCAAGUCCCCUUCAGCACUGUGCAAACUCUGGGGUGGCAGGUAGCCUAACAGUUAGAGAGUUAAGCCAGUAAACGGAGGGUUGUUAGUUUGAAUCCCGGGUCCGACGGGAAAAAUCUGGCGGUAAGUGAGCUAGCAACCAGAGGGUAGCUGGUAUCAAAUCCUAGGUGCCAUUGCCUGCCGUUCUGCCCUUGAGCAAGGCAAUAAACCCCCCAUAACAACUGCUCCAUGGGCACCCAGUGUGUCAGCCCCCUUCUCCAACCUAUGUAUGUGUGUCUUUCGGAGGGGUUGGGAUAAAUCUGAAGUUACAUUUUGGUUGGACCUUUGUACAAUUGACGAAUAAAGUGAUCUUAAUCUUAAUUGUAGACUAGGCUAAAUAAUAUUACCACGAGUAGAACCGCUUCAUGCUGUUCACAGCGUGGUAGCCACUGGACCAAAACAGCAGAGAAGUUGAGCGUCAUGCUUCAAUGCUCUUAGUUGUUGCAGAAAUUGACCCACUGCUAUUUUCUUUCUGCAUCUAUGUCAAAUCGCUGAGUCUACCUUAAUCUUAAUCAUAAAUAUUUAUCUUGCUCACACUGGCACAACCAUGUUGACUAUUACCGGAAACUCUCAUCCAAAAUAAAAACUAUAUUUCUCAAUAAACAAGAAUGGGACAUUUAAACCAGCACACUAGAUAUUUGAGAACUACUUUUUGAAGUAGAGAACUACUAUAUUUGAAACUAAAUUGAACAAAUGCAAUGACCAAUGCAAGAUGGGAUGUUGUCAAUUCAGAUUCUCACAGGCUUUUGUUUUUAAAGGUUGAUUUAGGAAGUGUAUCUGUCUUACACAGCACACAUUGUAGAUGUAGAGUGUUUACUUCAGAAAAACAGGAAAGAAGCAGAGGUCAGGUUAUGUUGGCAUCGUCUUGACGCAUUCUUUAGCAUUUACAUUUUAGCACAAGGGCCUCUUCAAGGGCCUCUAAAUCUAAUGGUGUGCCUGCGUGAGUCACAUGCUGUGGCUGGACUGUAGCAAACGUACUGAAGGCUGUAUGUAAGGACACACAGUCAGUCUUCCCAGGCAGCACAUAGCCGACUAACAUUCACAUCCUCUCAUGUCUACCUAAUGGAGAUGUGCACAAUGCUGAAAGAGAAGUUUAAGCUCAGGUAGGAAGAGAGAAACAGCCUUUACUUGUCUGUGUAUUGUAACUAACCCUCUUCCCAGAAUGCAAGUGGGUUUUCAUUGUGAUGGGGGAACAAUCUAGAAACUUUGUAUAAGUGUUUGCUGCCAUACUGUGUAAAACCGUGUUGCCGAUCUUGCCAAGCCAUCUUGUCAUGAGGACCACAAUGGAAAUAAGUCUGACUUUAUUGUGUUAUCCUCCAUGAUUUUACUCAUUUACGUCUAUGUAUUUUUCAAGUUUGUUUUUAAAAUGGUUGAAUGAAUAAACCUAAACUGAAAACAAAACUUAUUUUGUCCCUGUCUUUGUUGCAGGUUUGAGUCUAGGAGAGCUGUGCAGCAACUGAGGGCAUGUGGAGUCCUAGAGACCAUCCGCAUCAGUGCUGCUGGGUACCCAUCAAGGUAAGAUGCUUCUCAUACACUACUGUUAUAUGGGAGGGCACGCUCUCUGCUGUGUGCAAUAGGUUGUGGAAUCACAGAAAUUAGAUGUAGUCCUGUGUGGGUCAGUUGGUAGAGCAUGGCGCUUGCAACACCAAGACGUAUGGGUUUGAUUCCCGCUGGGGCCACCCCCAAAAAAUAUGCACGCAAGGCUGUAAGUCGAUUUGGAUAAAAGUGUCUGCUAAAUGGCAUAUAUUAUUAUGAUUAUUAUGAUUAUUAUUAUGAUUAUUAUUAUUAUUCUAUUAUAUAUUACAAUAGAAUAGAAUGUGAUUGUUAAGGGUCUCCACUGUGAUGUAAUGGGCUUUCUCGAUCUCCUAAGCAGAGGUGAAAUUGAAUUCCUUCUCUCCUGAGAUGCAUGCUGAGGGAGAACAGGAGGAGAGCAAUUUUACUAAGCUAGCAUAUGGAGUUGUUUUAAGAUGGUCAUACCAUGGAUCAUUUAGAUAUUUGAUUUGGAAUUUUAGGACACGCAUAGGUAUCAAAGAUACAUAUUGAAAAAUGAUUAGAUAAAAUAUUGAAUUUGGCCUUUACUACUAUAGCCUAUAGAAACGCAUUGACUGGGUGAUCUGAAAAGUCAUAGACAAUCGAUCAAUAAUAUAAUAAUACUUUUAGCAAAAAUGUUUAUUUUCAAUUUACAAUCUGUAGAAAAAUGAGAAUAGAAAGGUUCAGAACUUUUGUAAAACAUCAAUGUACAGUUGAAAAAUAUAUGGCAAAUAGAAAUCCAAUAUGGAUGGUGUUAAGAGAUAGAUGGGUGGUGUUGAAUGGAGUUGAAGGAUGGGACUAAUAACAACUAAUAACAACAAGUUAACUAAUGUGAAGCAUACUGUGUCCAUAAUAAGUAUAUAGGUUAUAGGUUGAGAGUUUUUGUGAAAGAGCACAGUUAGAAAGAUAUGGCAUAUAGAAGCAAACCGGAUGGACAUCAUGAAAAUGAUCGGAUAGGUUGAGGGUAGAGGAAGUUCAGGAGUAAAAACAAACAAAAUAGAAUUAUUGUAAAAUUGACUGUGUCCAUAAAAUGUAUAUAGUAUGCAUGGGCUGGAAGUAGAGGCCUAAGCAUUGUUGUUCACUAGUUUACUCCAAUUAGGGAAGGGGUGGUGGGGUUGGAAAGUAAUAAAGGGAUUCUUUUUUUUUUUUAAGGAUAUGUAUAUAUAUUAUUAUUAUAUAUAUUUUUUUGUCAUUUAGCAGACGCUCUUAUCCAGAGCGACUUACAGGAGCAAUUAGGGUUAAGUGCCUUGCUCAAGGGCACAUCGACAGAUUUUUCACCUAGUCAGCUCGGGGAUUAGAACCUGCGACCUUUCGGUUACCGGCACAACGCUCUUAACCACUAUAUGUAUGUAUACAGUUCUCCCCACUGUAUACAUACAUACAGUGGGGAGAACAAGUAUUUGAUACACUGCCGAUUUUGCAGGUUUUCCUACUUACAAAGCAUGUAGAGGUCUGUAAUUUUUAUCAUAGGUACACUUCAACUGUGAGAGACGGAAUCUAAAACAAAAAUCCAGAAAAUCACAUUGUAUGAUUUUUAAGUAAUUAAUUUGCAUUUUAUUGCAUGACAUAAGUAUUUGAUACAUCAGAAAAGCAGAACUUAAUAUUUGGUACAGAAACCUUUGUUUGCAAUUACAGAGAUCAUACGUUUCCUGUAGGUCUUGACCAGGUUUGCACACACUGCAGCAGGGAUUUUGGCCCACUCCUCCAUACAGACCUUCUCCAGAUCCUUCAGGUUUCGGGGCUGUAGCUGGGCAAUACGGACUUUCAGCUCCCUCCAAAGAUUUUCUAUUGGGUUCAGGUCUGGAGACUGGCUAGGCCACUCCAGGACCUUGAGAUGCUUCUUACGGAGCCAAUCCUUAGUUGCCCUGGCUGUGUGUUUCGGGUCAUUGUCAUGCUGGAAGACCCAGCCACGACCCAUCUUCAAUGCUCUUACUGAGGGAAGGAGGUUGUUGGCCAAGAUCUCGCGAUACAUGGCCCCAUCCAUUCUCCCCUCAAUACGGUGCAGUCGUCCUGUCCCCUUUGAAGAAAAGCAUCCCCAAAGAAUGAUGUUUCCACCUCCAUGCUUCACGGUUGGGAUGGUGUUCUUGGGGUUGUACUCAUCCUUCUUCUCCAUUCAAACACGGCAAGUGGAGAUUAGACCAAAAAGCUCUAUUUUUGUCUCAUCAGACCACAUGACCUUCUCCCAUUCCUCCUCUGGAUCAUCCAGAUGGUCAUUGGCAAACUUCAGACGGGCCUGGACAUGCGCUGGCUUGAGCAGGGGGACCUUGCGUGCGCUGCAGGAUUUUAAUCCAUAACGGCGUAGUGUGUUGCUAAUGGUUUUCUUUGAGACUGUGGUCCCAGCUCUCUUCAGGUCAUUGACCAGGUCCUGCCGUGUAGUUCUGGGCUGAUCCCUCACCUUCCUCAUGAUCAUUGAUGCCCCACGAGGUGAGAUCUUGCAUGGAGCCCCAGACCGAGGGGGAUUGACCGUCAUCUUGAACUUCUUCCAUUUUCUAAUAAUUGCGCCAACAGUUGUUGCCUUCUAACCAAGCUGCUUGCCUAUUGUCCUGUAGCCCAUCCCAGCCUUGUGCAGGUCUACAAUUUUAUCCCUGAUGUCCUUACACAGCUCUCUGGUCUUGGCCAUUGUGGAGAGGUUGGAGUCUGUUUGAUUGAGUGUGUGGACAGGUGUCUUUUAUACAGGUAACGAGUUCAAACAGGUGCAGUUAAUACAGGUAAUGAGUGGAGAACAGGAGGGCUACUUAAAGAAAAACUAACAGGUCUGUGAGAGCCGGAAUUCUUACUGGUUGGUAGGUGAUCAAAUACUUAUGUCAUGCAAUAAAAUGCAAAUUCAUUACUUAAAAAUCAUACAAUGUGAUUUUCUGGAUUUUUGUUUUAGAUUCCGUCUCUCACAGUUGAAGUGUACCUAUGAUAAAAAUUACAGACCUCUACAUGCUUUGUAAGUAGGAAAACCUGCAAAAUCGGCAGUAUAUCAAAUACUUGUUCUCCCCACUGUAUAUAUAUGGGGGAUUGGAAGUGAUGCAGACAAUUACAUUGAUGGAAGUUACAAUCUAUCUGCAAUAUUAAAGCUGAUCUACCUCCUAAAAAAAAAAGAGAAAAAAAGACGUUCAUAAAUGGCAAAACAGACAGUGACAAAAUAAAUCAUAAGGAAUAAGGUUUUGAAGUGUCUGUCCUAUUUCUAGAAGUUAUAAGAAAGCUCAGGAAAUAUAUACAUUUUUUGGACACACAUUUAACCCCUUUUUUUGUUGGUACAAAACUACUUCCAUACUUUCAUUAAUUAUUUUAACCAGUACCGGGUUACCUUCAGAUGAGUCCCGUGACACUUGUGGGGGGUUGUAGAUCAAAACGGGGAACACCCUCAUGUUGGUGAGAGUCUCAUCUUUCCAUAGAGUGGUCACAUAGUUUUAUAGUUUGUAGGCCAAACCGUUCUGACGUUUUUGGGAGAAGACCGAUUUUCAGGAUGUUUCCUGGUCUGACAAACAGUGCUGUAGCUCUGCCACUUUCCACAGCAGAUGAGGAAGGCAGACACAGACGGAUGCGGUGGAUUGAGACGCAGCCCAUACAAAAAAAAAACAUCUCUAUCUUAGACAGAUUUUGAUGGUGUUUUUAUUAUGUUAAUUCGAUUUUGACACACAGGUGCGUCAAUCGACUCCUAAGGAUUUUAAAACAGGUAUUUUUCGGAUAUAUUUGUGGUUUGUUUCUUUGACCUGAUUCUCACCCUGUCCUAUGUGAUUCCAGGUGGACGUACCCAGACUUCUUCAACAGAUACAGAGUCCUCAUGAAGAAAUCAGAUAUGACCAUAGGAGACAAGAAGCUGGUGUGUAGGAACCUGCUGGAGACCCUGGUCAAGGUAAGAAAGAGUUGUUUCAGCCCUAAAGCCCCAAGCAAGAUGGGAGAGGAAAUGUACGAAUAGAUAGGAACUUGUUUUUCGUCGGAAGGUAUCUCUUUUGGAUUACUUUUGUUCCUCCCCUGGUUGAAGGAUGUUGUUCUUUUCAACAGAGCUGCCUAACUCCUUCAGGAGCCGUCCAUUGUUACAUUAUUGAACCUACUGCAUGUCUGUUCUGAUACAGUACAUGUUAACUUUUCCAUUGUUGGGAGGAAACAGCCUUGAAUGUAUAACCUGGGGAGUAACAGAGCUGUGGUCUCUAGGAAUGGUGGAGAAUUCAGUAUGCACAGUCUGGGAGGUUUUCUCCAGUGGUGGAAAAAGUACCCAAUUGUCUUACUUGAGUAAAAGUAAAGAUACCUUAAUAGAAAGUUACUCAAGUAAAAGUGAAAGUCAGCCAGUAAAAUACUACUUGAGUAAAAGUCAAAAGGUAUUUGGUUUUAAAUAUACUUAAGUAUGAAAAGUAAAUGUAAUUGCUAAGAAAUACUUAAGUAUCAAAAGUAAAAGUAUAAAUCAUUUAGAAUUCCUAUUAUUUAGCAAAGCAGACAGCACAAUUGUCUUGUUUUUUUAAUUUUCAGAUAGCCAGGGGCACACUCCAACACUCAGACAUUAUUUACAAAAGAUGCAUGUGUGUUUAGUGAGUCCGCCAGACCAGAGGCAGUAGGGAUGACCACGUGUUCUCUUGAUAAGUGCGUGAAUUGGACUAUUUUCCUGUCCUGCUAAGCAUUAAAAAUGUAAUGAGUACUUUGGUUGUCAGGGAAAAUGUAUGGAGUAAAAAGUACAAUAAUUUCUUUAGGAAUGUAGUGAAGUAAAAGUUGUCAAAAAUAUAAAUAGUGAAGUACAGAUACCCAAAAAAACUACUUAAAAGUACUUUUACUUAAGUACUUUACACCACUGGUUUUCUCUUGGUUUCUUGCUUCUCUCCAUCUCUGUACAUGAGCAAGAGUAUAUGGAGUUUAUUCAUGUUAAUACAUUAUUACUGGAAUAUAAUUUUUAGAAGCUUUGGACAGUAUUUAAUGGAUUUCUUAGCGGGGUGGAAACGAAUUAACCUCGUGUUUGAUCAUGCCCACUGAAGUAACUGCCUUGAUGCUCAAUUGAUCGAACUGAAGUUCCAUUUAACCAAAUGAAUUAAUAGAAACAAAAUGGACACGUCUUUCUCUCUCACCAGGACCCAGACAAGUUCCAGUUUGGUAAGACCAAGAUCUUCUUUAGAGCGGGCCAAGUGGCCUACCUGGAGAAGCUGAGGGCAGACAAGUUCCGCUCCGCCUGCAUCAAGAUCCAGAAGACGGUGCGAGGCUGGCUGCAGAGGGUCCGCUACCAGAAGAUCCGGAAGUCUGCCAUCAACCUGCAGAGAUAUGGCCGUGGUUACAUGGCCCGCAGGUGAGAGGAGAAACACUACGUUCUGUUACACUAACAAAGCAGCCGGUCAAUUCAAUUCAAAUAAUUGUAUUUUUCUUGAUAAAUCAGUUCUUGAUAAAUCAGUUGACAAAUCAGUUCUUGAUAAAUGAGUUAUUGAUAAAUCAGCUCUUGAUAAAUCAGUUCUUGAUAAAUCAGUUCCUGAUAAAUCACCCAGUGUCAUGAAUCACUUAUCCCAAAUCGUUUAGUCAGUAUCAGUGGCAGUGUUGUAAAUUCUUUCCUCCUCUUUUUGCCGUCUGUCUCAGGUAUGCGGAGCAGCUGCGUCUAACCCGCGCUACUCUAAUCUGCCAGAAGCAGUAUCGUAUGGUCAGAGAGCGGAGGGACUAUCUGAGAGUGAGACAGGCUGUUGUCACCAUCCAGGCCUUUACCAGGGGCAUGUUAACGCGCAGGAUCUUCCAGGAGGUACUACAACCACAACACUACCUGUCAUGUAACUGGCUCACCUUUUCAUCUUCUCUUUCCUGGGUUUUGUAUAGGGCAAUUCCACGGUAACAGAUUUUUCACUUUAAAAUGUAUACCAAACAAAAACCUAUGAUUGCAAAGUUAAACUAAUCAUACAACUCUUUGCACAAGGACUACUUUAAAAAAGUGUCGACUGACAAUUUUACCAAAACAGAUUUUCUUGAAGAACAGUGCAGAUGCACAGUUUGGUAACAGAAUGACAGUUUGUUGAAAUGUAUUAUCUCUAUCAGGAGUAAAGAGUUCCCUGAGAAGAUGCCUCAGUGUUGGACUUGUUGUCCUGUUUGUGUGUCUGGAACAUUGGAGACUAAGUGCCUCCGAUUUGAAAUGGAAUGUGAUCAGGCGGACCUUGCAUAAAUGCUGCCUUCUAUGGUGCCUUCUCAGAUACACUAGAUUCCCUUUGGAUUGAGAUCUCUAGAAUUUCCCCGACUGGGAAUUCUGGAGUUACCUACAUAUUUCCCAUCACAUUGAUUGUACGGGAUAAUAAAUGGUUCCUUGUCUUUGAUAUCUACCUCCCUUCUCCACCUCCCCAGUUCCUUCUGCACCACAAAGCCAUGAUCAUCCAGAAGCAUGUCCGAGGCUGGCUCACCAAGAGGAAGUUCAGGCGGGCACAGAACGCCGCCAUCACCAUCCAGUGUGCCUACCGCCGCAUGCGUGCCAAGCGUGAGCUGAAACAGCUGAAGAUUGAAGCGAGGUCCGCACAACAUCUGAAGAAGCUCAACUCGGGCAUGGAGAACAAGAUCGUCCAGCUGCAGAGGAAGAUGGAUGACCAGGUACAGUCAAAGUCACAUGGUUCUGACCCAUGACACUUUAUAGGAGUACACUGUUCUGUAAGGCUAGUAGCCUACACAAUGAGUGCCAUUACAUUUACAUUUUAGUCAUUUAGCAGACGCUCUUAUCCAGAGCGACUUACAGUUAGUAAGUGCAUACAUUUUUUCAUACUGGCCCCCCCGUGGGAAUCGAACCCACAACCCUGGCGUUGCAAACGCCAUGCUCUACCAACUGAGCUACACGGGACUGCCAUAAUGCAAAGACGGGUCAAUGAAAGGACAAUAUUUUGACACGAUAUUCAUUUCCAUUUGCAGUCAUAUUUUGGCACAGCUAAAACGUUUAGCUAGACUAAACGCUCUGUAAAUUAUGUUAAAAAGUGAUUGAUUUGAAAUUGAUGUCCCAUAGUAGUAACCAGAGCUCUCUCUCCUGUCUCACUGUUUAGACCAAUGAUCUGAAGACUCAGAAUGAGCAGCUGGUUGUGGCCAAAGCCUCCCUGGGCUCAGAGGUGAACAAGCUGCAGAAGGAGCUGGAGAUUAUGCGCAGUCGCCAGGGAGACGGCAGUCAGCUGACCUCUCUUCAAGAGGAGCUGGAGAAGCUGAGGGCGGAGCUCCAGGAAGCACACACCCACAUGAAGAAGCUGGAGGAGGAGCACAGCAGCGAGAAGAUGGGACUGGAACAGGUGAGCUGUCAAUCACUAAAGGGGCAAAAGUUAAUUUUCCUUUUACAAGCCUGUCACUUGGGAUUUUGUAUGCUGUUAAAAAAUAGUUGAGAGCAAUCCUCUGCAUCCAUAUGAACUAGGAUGAAUGGCGGCUGGACAGUACCUCAAGCUAGGACAGACUUUUUUAUAUUUAGCAGACAGGUUGCCAUAUUUCUCUGUCCAUUUACAUCAUUCAGAGUUAUUGGAGUACUGAACCUUGUAUGUUUUUCAACGUCCUUCUUUUGAAUGAAUAAAAUAUUGUCUGAAAUGCGUUGGUGAAAACAGCCGUUAAGUGCCUGAGUAACUACAGAAAAUGCUUGUAGCAGCGUUUUUACUGAAUGUAAAACACCUGAUUCUCAAGGGAUUUCCUCUAACAAUCUCACAAUGGAUUUAACUGGACUGUAUCAGUGUUCUCCUACUGACCUGAAAGUGAUACAAUGCAUAUCUUUUUGUAUUGUUUUGGCCUCCUGACAGGAAUUAGGAAAGUCAUUGUUAUGUACAUUGGGUGUGGGCUUUUGCAGUGCCCCAGUGGUAAUAGAUACCCCUCUUUGGCCCUUUGAUUCUCUCCAAGUCGGCCAUUUUGUCACAAUGCAGGGGCUGUCCCUGGCUCUCUAGCUCUGUCUGACAUCACUAUGAGAGCCUCACAUACAGUAACUACCGAUUUUUAUAGUCACUUAAAGAGAAACGAAAUAGACCUUUAGCUCACCUGUAGAGGGCCUUUAAAGUAUGUAGCAUCUAUCGUGUUUCAAGGUUCCACACGGAUUGAAGAAGCAAAUGAAAAUAGAUCAAACAAAAUAAAUUGCUCUUGAACUUGUGCUCACGGCCACCCAGCUCCUUCUAAUGUCUCUAUUUCUUUAUUUUAUUCCUGCUCUUGUUCUUUUUUCUUUUUCUUAGAGAGUGGUGGAGCUGGAGAGGGAGAAUUCUAUGCUGAAGAGUGAAAAGGAGGAGAUGAACCGAAGGAUUCUGCGCCACUCCAAGAGCACAGAAGGUGAGUGCUUUUUAGAUCUCCUACACUCUUCAAACCCCUAAAAGGGAAACGAUAGCACUACAGUGAUUUACAGGAGUGGUUGAAGGUAAAACGGUAGACUCACAGUUAGCCCUGCAGUCUGCUAACCCUGCCCUGUGGGGAGGGACGGCUUGCUUCCCCACACAAGAGGGGUUUCUGUUUGGAAGUAGGAUGAGAGAAGCAGAAACUGCAUCAAGUUACGCAGCAGCAAUGUGAGACAUUACUUUUAGUCAGCCAUUGUUUAGCACUGGGUGCACGUGGGGAAGUGUCACCUAUUAUCUUUGAACUAUGUAUCUGUAUAUGUGCUAAAUCUAAAGUCAGGAUGUAUAGGUAGACUAUUGGUUAUUAAUUUUAAAUCCUUUUGUCAAUGGGCUUAUUUUUGUCAAUAAGAAGUCACUUAUGGUUUACAGCAUCAUCAUUUCUGAACAUUACCACUGCUCUGUUAUCUGAAGGCCAUGUGCAAUACUUCAACCAGGAGGUUUCAUCACUGAGCAGUUAAUAAAAGGAGAUCAUUUUACAUAAUAAUGUCACCAGCCACCAGCCAGUCUUCUCUGGUGAAAUUGAAAUAGCUAGCCAGAGGCAGAGUAGAGUUAUUGGUAUAAUCUGCUCUCUUUAUCUGCAGUGUUACGAUAGGGUUCUCUGGGGUCCCCUUGGGAUGAGCGCUAGCACUGUGUACUUCAACAUUAUUGUGAUUUUUCUUUUCUACUGCCAGAAAGAGCAACAUGUUGUCCAGGCUGGUGUAAUAUGGAGCUAGGGAUGUCUGGGCGGCAGGUAGCCUAUCGGUUAAGAGCGCUGUGCCAUAAAGCUUAUUUCUCUCAAAUUGUGUGCACAAAUUUGUUUACAUCCCUGUUUGUGAGCAUUUCUCCUUUGCCAAGAUAAUCCAUCCACCUGACAGGUGUGGCAUAUCAAGAAGCUAAUUAAACAGCAUGAUCAUUACACAGGUGCACCUUGUGCUGAGGACAAUAAAAGGCCAUUCUAAAAUGUGCAGUUUCAAAUCAAAUCAAAUUUUAUUGGUCACAUACACAUAUUUAGCAGAUGUUAUUGCGGGUGUAGCGAAAUGCUUGUGUUCCUAGCUCCAACAGUGCAGUAGUAUCUAACAAUUCACAGCAAUACACACAAAUCUAAAAGUAAAAGAAUGGAAUUAAGAAAUAUAGAAAUAUUAGGACGAGCAAUGUCGGAGUGGCAUUGACUAAAAUACAGUAGAAAAGAAUACAGUAUAUACAUAUGAGAUGAGAUUAGUAAACAGUGACUAGUGUUCCAUUAUUAAAGUGGCCAGUGAUUCCAUGUCUAUGUAUAUACAGUGAGGGAAAAAAGUAUUUGAUCCCCUGCUGAUUUUGUACGUUUGCCCACUGACAAAGAAAUUAUCAAUCUAUAAUUUUAAUGGUAGGUUUAUUUGAACAGUAAGAGACAGAAUAACAACAAAAAAAUCCAGAAAAACGCAUGUCAAAAAUGUUUUUAAUGUUAAUGAGGGAAAUAAGUAUUUGACCCCUCUCCAAAACAUGACUUAGUACUUGGUGGCAAAACCCUUGUUGGCAAUCACAGAGGUCAGACGUUUCUUGUAGUUGGCCACCAGGUUUGCACACAUCUCAGGAGGGAUUUUGUCCCACUCCUCUUUGCAGAUCUUCUCCAAGUCAUUAAGGUUUCGAGGCUGACGUUUGGCAACUCGAACCUUCAGCUCCCUCCACAGAUUUUCCAUGGGAUUAAGGUCUGGAGACUGGCUAGGCCACUCCAGGUCCUUAAUGUGCUUCUUCUUGAGCCACUCCUUUGUUGCCUUGGCCAUGUGUUUUGGGUCAUUAUCAUGCUGGAAUACCCAUCCACGACCCAUUUUCAAUGCCCUGGCUGAGGGAAGGAGGUUCUCACCCAAGAUUUGACGGUACAUGGCCCCGUCCAUCGUCCCUUUGAUGCGGUGAAGUUGUCCUGUCCCCUUAGCAGAAAAAUACCCCCAAAGCAUAAUGUUUCCACCUCCAUGUUUGACGGUGGGGAUGGUGUUCUUGGGGUCAUAGGCAGCAUUUCUCCUCCUCCUGGUCUCAUCUAACCACAACACUUUCACCCAGUUCUCCUCUGAAUCAUUCAGAUGUUCAUUGGCAAACUUCAGAUGGGCAUGUAUAUGUGCUUUCUUGAGCAGGGGGACCUUGCGGGCGCUGCAGGAUUUCAGUCCUUCACGGCAUGGUGUGUUACCAAUUAUUUUCUUGGUGACUAUGGUCCCAGCUGCCUUGAGAUCAUUGACAAGAUCCUCCCGUGUAGUUCUGGGCUGAUUCCUCACCGUUCUCAUGAUCAUUGCAACUCCACGAGGUGAGAUCUUGCAUGGAGCCCCAGGCCGAGGGAGAUUGACAGUUAUUUUGUGUUUCUUCCAUUUGCGAAUAAUCGCACCAACUGUUGUCACCUUCUCACCAAGCUGCUUGGCGAUGGUCUUGUAGCCCAUUCCAGCCUUGUGUAGGUCUACAAUCUUGUCCCUGACAUCCUUGGAGAGCUCUUUGGUCUUGGCCAUGGUGGAGAGUUUGGAAUCUGAUUGAUUGAUUGCUUCUGUGGAUUGGUGUCUUUUAUACAGGUAACAAACUGAGAUUAGGAGCACUCCCUUUAAGAGUGUGGUCCUAAUCUCAGCUCGUUACCUGUAUAAAAGACGCGUGGGAGACAGAAAUCUUUCUGAUUGAGAGGGGGUCAAAUACUUAUUUCCCUCAUUAAAAUGCAAAUCAAUUUAUAACAUUUUUCACAUGCGUUUUUCUGGAUUUUUUUGUUGUUAUUUUGUCUCUCACUGUUCAAAUAAACCUACCAUUAAAAUUAUAGACUGAUCAUUUCGUUGGCAGUGGGCAAAUGUACAAAAUCAGCAGGGGAUCAAAUACUUUUUUCCCUCACUGUAGGGCAGCAGCCUCUAAGGUGCAGGGUUGAGUAACGUGGUGGUAGCCGGCUAGUAAUGACUAUUUAACAGUCUGAUGGCCUUGAGAUAGAAGCUGUUUUUCAGUCUCUCUGUCCCAGUUUUGAUGCACCUGUACUGACCUCGCUUCUGGAUGAUAGCGGGGUAAACAGGUCGUGGCUCGGGUGGUUGAUGUCCUUGAUGAUAUUUUUGCCCUUCCUGUGACAUUGGGUGCUGUAGUUGUCCUGGAGGGCAGGCAGUGUGCCCCCAGUGAUGCGUUGGGCAGACCGCACCACCCUCUGGAGAGCCCUGCGGUUGCGGGCGGUGCAGUUGCCAUACCAGGCGGUGAUACAGCCUGACCAGAUGCUCUCAAUUGUGCAUCUGUAAAGGUUUGUGAGGGUUGAAUUUCUUCAGCCUCCUGAGGUUGAAGAGGCGCUGUUGCGCUUUCUUCACCACACUGUUUGUAGCCAUGAAGUGUUUUGAAACGCUGGUCAUGGCUCACAUCAACACCAUUAUCCCAGAAACCCUAGACCCACUCCAAUUUGCAUACCACCCCAAGAAAUCCACAGAUGAUGCAAUCUCUAUUGCACUCCACACUGCCCUAUCCCACCUGGACAAGAGGAACACCUACAUGAGAAUGCUAUUCAUUGACUACAGCUCAGCUUUCAACACCAUAGUGCCCUAAAAGCUCAUCACUAAGCUAAGGACCCUGGGACUAAACACCUCCCUCUGCAACUGGAUCCUGGACUUCCUGACGGGCCGCCCCCCGGUGGUAAGGGUAGGUAACAACACAUCUGCCACGCUGAUCCUCAACACGGGGGCCCCUCAGGGGUACGUGCUCAAUCCCCUCCUGUACUCCCUGUUCACCCAUGACUGUAUGGCCAGGCACGACUCCAACACCAUCAUUAAGUUUGCCGAUGACACAACAGUGGUAGGCCUGAUCACCAACAACGAUGAGACAGCCUAUAGGGAGGAGGUCAGCGACCUGGCCGUGUGGUGCUAGGACAACAACCUCUCCCUUCACGUGAUCAAGACAAAGGAGAUGAUUGUGGACUACAGGGGAAAAAAAGAGGACUGAGCACGCCCCCAUUCUCAUCGACAGGUUGAGAGCUUCAAGUUCCUUGGUGUCCACAUCACCAACAAACUAUCAUGGUCCAAACACACCAAGACAUUUGUGAAGAGGGCACGACAAAGUCUAUUCCCCCUCAGGAGACUGAAAAGAUUUGGUAUGGGUCCUCAGAUCCUCAAAAAGUUAUGCAGCUGCACCAUCGAGAGCAUCCUGACUGGUUGCAUCACUGCCUGGUAUGGCAACUGCUCGGCCUCCGACCCCAAGGCACUACAGAGGGUAGUGCAUAUGGCCCAGUACAUCACUGGAGCCAAGCUUCCUGCCAUCCAGGACCUCUAUACCAGGCGGUGUCAGAGGAAGGCCCUAACAAUUGUCAAACACUCCAGACACUCUAGUCAUAGACUGUUCUCUCUGCUACCACACGGCAAGCGGUACCGGAGCGCCAAGUCUAGGUCCAAAAGGCUUCUUAACAGCUUUUACCCCCAAGCCAUAAGACUCCUGAACAGCUAAUCAAAUGGCUACCCAGACUAUUUGCAUUGUCCCCCCCACCCCACCCCACCCCCUCUUUUACGCUGCUGCUACUCUCUGUUUAUUAUCUAUGCAUAGUCACUUUAACUGUACCCACAUGUACAGUGGGGAAAAAAAGUAUUUAGUCAGCCACCAAUUGUGCAAGUUCUCCCACUUAAAAAGAUGAGAGAGGCCUGUAAUUUUCAACAUAGGUACACGUCAACUAUGACAGACAAAUUGAGAAAAAAAAAUCCAGAAAAUCCCAUUGUAGGAUUUUUAAUGAAUUUAUUUGCAAAUUAUGGUGGAAAAUAAGUAUUUGGUCACCUACAAACAAGCAAGAUUUCUGGCUCUCACAGACCUGUAACUUCUUCUUUAAGAGGCUCCUCUGUCCUCCACUCGUUACCUGUAUUAAUGGCACCUGUUUGAACUUGUUAUCAGUAUAAAAGACACCUGUCCACAACCUCAAACAGUCACACUCCAAACUCCACAAUGGCCAAGACCAAAGAGCUGUCAAAGGACACCAGAAACAAAAUUGUAGACUUGCACCAGGCUGGGAAGACUGAAUCUGCAAUAGGUAAGCAGCUUGGUUUGAAGAAAUCAACUGUGGGAGCAAUUAUUAGGAAAUGGAAGACAUACAAGACCACUGAUAAUCUCCCUCAAUCUGGGGCUCCACGCAAGAUCUCACCCCGUGGGGUCAAAAUGAUCACAAGAACGGUGAGCAAAAAUCCCAGAACCACACGGGGGGACCUAGUGAAUGACCUGCAGAGAGCUGGGACUAAAGUAACAAAGCCUACCAUCAGUAACACACUACGCUGCCAGGGACUCAAAUCCUGCAGUGCGAGACGUGUCCCCCUGCUUAAGCCAGUACAUGUCCAGGCCCGUCUGAAGUGCAUUUGGAUGAUCCAGAAGAGGAUUGGGAGAAAGUCAUAUGGUCAGAUGAAACCAAAAUAUAACUUUUUGGUAAAAACUCAACUCGUCAUGUUUGGAGGACAAAGAAUGCUGAGUUGCAUCCAAAGAACACCAUACCUACUGUGAAGCAUGGGGGUGGAAACAUCAUGCUUUUGGGCUGUUUUUCUGCAAAGGGACCAGGACGACUGAUCCGUGUAAAGGAAAGAAUGAAUGGGGCCAUGUAUCGUGAGAUUUUGAGUGAAUACCUCCUUCCAUCAGCAAGGGCAUUGAAGAUGAAACGUGGCUGGGUCUUUCAGCAUGACAAUGAUCCCAAACACACCGCCCGGGCAACGAAGGAGUGGCUUCGUAAGAAGCAUUUCAAGGUCCUGGAGUGGCCUAGCCAGUCUCCAGAUCUCAACCCCAUAGAAAAUCUUUGGAGGGAGUUGAAAGUCUGUGUUGCCCAGCGACAGCCCCAAAACAUCACUGCUCUAGAGGAGAUCUGCAUGGAGGAAUGGGCCAAAAUACAAGCAACAGUGUGUGAAAACCUUGUGAAGACUUACAGAAAACGUUUGACCUGUGUCAUUGCCAACAAAGGGUAUAUAACAAAGUAUUGAGAAACUUUUGUUAUUGACCAAAUACUUAUUUUCCACCAUCGUUUGCCAAUAAAUUCAUUAAAAAUCCUACAAAGUGAUUUUCUGGAUUUUUUUUUCUCAUUUUGUCUGUCAUAGUUGACGUGUACCUAUGAUGAAAAUUACAGGCCUCUCUCAUCUUUUUAAGUGGGAGAACUUGCACAAUUGGUGGCUGACUAAAUACUUUUUUUCCCCACUGUACAUAUUACCUCAAUUACCUCAACUAACCGGUGCUCCCGCACAUUGACUCGGUACCGGUACCCCCUGUAUAUAGCCUCCCUACUGUUAUUUUAUUUUACUGCUGCUCUUUAAUUAUUUGUUAUUUUUAUUUUUUACUUAUCUAUUUUUUUACUUAACACUGCAUUGUUGGCUAGGGGCUUGUAAGUAAGCAUUGUAAGGUCUACACCUGUUGUAUUCGGCGCAUGUGGCAAAUAACAUUUGAUUUGAAUUGGACCAUUUCAGAUUGUCAGUGACGUGUACGCCGAGGAACUUGAAGCUUUCCACCUUCUCCACUGCAGUCCCGUCGAUGUGGAUAGGGGGUGCACCCUCUGCUGUUUCCUGAAGUCCACGAUCAGCUCCUUUUUUUUCUUGACAUUGAGGGAGAGCUUAUUUUCCUGGCACCACUCCGCUAGGGCCCUCACCUCCUCCCUGUAGGCUGUUUCGUCAUUGUUGGUAAUCAGGCCUACUACUGUUGUGUCAUCUGCAAACUUGAUGAUUGAGUUGGAGGCAUGCAUAGCCACGCAGUCAUGGGUGAACAGGGAGUACAGGAGGGGGCUGAGCAGGCACCCUUGUGGGGCCCCAAUGUUGAGGAUCAGUGAAGUGGAGGUGGUGUUUCCUACCUUCACCACCUGGGGGCGGCCCGUCAGCAAGUCCAGGACCUAGUUGCACAGGGCGAGUUUCAGACCCAGGGCCCCGAGCUUAAUGAUGAGCUUGGAGGGUACUAUGGUGUUGAAGGCUGAGCUAUAGUCAAUUUUGUCACAGAACACAAUGCCACAGAUGUCUCAAGUUUUGAGUGAGCAUGCGAUUGACAUGCUGACUGCAGGAAUGUCCACCAGAGCUGUUGCCAGAGAAUUGAAUGUUAUUUCUCUACCAUAAGCCGCCUCCAAUGUUGUUUUAGAGAAUUUGGCAGUACGUCCAACCCGCCUCACAACCGCAUACCACAUGUAACCACGCCAGCCCAGGAGCUCCACAUCCGGCUUCUUCACCUGCGGGAUCGUCUGAGACCAGCCACCCGGACAGCUGAUGAAACUGUGUGUUUGCACAACCGAAGAAUUUCUGCACAAACUGUCAUAAACUGUCUCAGGGAAGCUCAUCUGCGUGUUCUUCAUCCUCACCAGGGUCUUGACCUGACUGCGGUACGGGGUCGAAACCGAUUUCAGUGGGCAAAUCCUCACCUUCGAUGGCCACUGGCACGCUGGAGAAGUGUGCUCUUCACGGAUGAAUGCCGGUUUUAACUGUACCGGGCAAAUGGCAGACAGCGUGUAUUGCGUCGUGUGGGCGAGUGGUUUGCUGAUGUUGACGAACAGAGUGCCCCAUGGUGGCGGUGGGGCUAUGGUAUGGGCAGGCAUAAGCUAAAGGAUAACGAACACAAUUGCAUUUGAUCAAUGGCAAUUUGAAUGCACAGAGAUACCGUGACGAGAUCCUGAGGCCCAUUGUCGUGCCAUUCAUCCACCGACAUCCCCUCAUGUUUCAGCAUGAUAAUGCACGGCCCCAUGUUGCAAGGAUCUGUACACAAUUCCUGGAAGCAGAAAAUGUCCCAGUUCUUCCAUGGCCUUGCAAACUCACCAGACAUGUCACCCAUUGCACAUGUUUGGGACGCUCUGGAUCGACGUGUAUGACAGUGUGUUCCAAUUCCCGCCAAUAUCCAACAACUUUACACAGCCAUUGAAGAGGAGUGGGACAACGUUCCACAGGCCACAAUCAAGAGUCUGAUCAACUCUAUGCGAAGGAUGUCGCGCUGCAUGAGGCAAAUAAAUGGUGGUCACACCAGAUACUGACUGGUUUUCUGAUCCACACCCCUACCUUUUGUUUAAGGUACACUAUAUAUACAAAAGUAUGUGGACACCCCUUCAAAUUAGUGGAUUCGGCUAUUUCAGCCGCUACUAUUGCUGACAGGUAUAUAAAAUCGAGCACACAGCCAUGCAAUCUCCAUCAACAAACAUUGGCAGUAGAAUGGCCUUAAUGAAGAGCUCAGCGACUUUCAACUUGGCAUCGGCCACCUUUCCAACAAGUCAGUUCAUAAAAUUUCUGCCCUGCUAGAGCUACCCCGGUCAACUGUAAGUGCUAUUAUUGUUAAGUGGAAAUGUCUAGAAGCAACAACGGCUCAGCCACGAAUGGUAGGCUACACAAGCUCACAGAACGUGACCGCCGAGUGCUGAAGCGUGUAGCUUGUAAAAUUAGUCUGUCCUCGGUUGCAACACUCACUACCGAGUUCCAAACUGCUUCUGGAAGCAAUGUCAGCACAAUAAAUGUUCGUUCAUCGGGAGCUUCAUGAAAUGGGUUUCCAUGUAUUGUAUUUGUAUUUAUUAUGGAUCCCCAUUAGCUGCUGCCGAACAGCCGCACAAAAGUGCUAUUCUUGUGUGUGUACGCCUGUGUGUGAAGGCCUUUUCCUGUUUCAGCAUAACAAUGCCCCCGUGCACAAAGCGAGGUCCAUUCAGAAAUGGUUUGUCAAGAUCGGUGUGGAAGAACUUGACUGGCCUGCACAGAGCCCUGAGCUCAACCCCAUCGAACACCUUUGGGAUGAAAUGGAACGCUUACUGCGAGCCAGGCCUAAUCGCCCAACAUCAGUGCCCAACCUCACUAAUGCUCUUGUGGUUGAAUGGAAGCAAGUCCCCGCAGCAAUAUUCCAACAUCUAGUGUAAAGCCUUCCCAGAAGAGUGGAGGCUGUUAUAGCAGCAAAGGGGGGACCAACUCCAUAUUAAUGCCCAUGAUUUUGGAAUGAGAUGUUUGACUAGCAGGUGUCCACAUUCUUUUGGUCAUGUAGUGUAUCUGUGACCAACAGAUGCAUGUCUCUAUUCCCAGUCGUGUGAAAUCCAUAGUUUAGGGCCUAAUGAAUGUAUUUCAGUUGACUGAUUUCCUUAUAUGAACUGUAACUCAAUAAAAUUGUUGAAAUUGUUGCAUGUUUAUAUUUUUGUUCAGUGUGUAAGUAGAGACUAAGUUGGAAGUGAAUGAAAAUGAUUGAUGUGGACUGGUCCUUUGUGUCUGUGUUUCAGACCAGGAGAGCAGUGCAUCCCAGAGUGUGGGUCGGGUCCAGGCAGAGCUGGAUGAGGAGAGGCAGCGCUACCAGAACCUGCUCAGGGAGUUCUCCAGACUGGAGCAGAGAUAUGACAACCUACAGGAGGCCAAGGUAACUGUGUGCGUGCGCCUGUGUGUGCAUCCGUGCACAUGUGCAUGUAAGUGUCCUAUGCCAAGAUAAUGUCCAAUGGUUCUCUGUCUCCUUCUACCCUUCAGUUCCAACCUGGCCACAGGAGAAACAAUUCUACUCAGAGCAGCCUGGAGUCUGACUCCAACUAUCCUUCCAUUUCUACCUCGGAGGUGGGAGACGCUGACGAUGCCAUCCAGCUCGUAGAGGUAAGACCCUCUUAACCAGUAUGAACCAGUAUAAUCCAGUCUUAUACAGUCUGUACAUAGUUGCUUGUGCUAGGUUUUUGUUGUGACCUGACAUUGUCACCCUGCAGGAGAUGGGAGUGGAGAAGGCAGCAAUGGACAUUGGUGUGUUCAUGAAGCUGCAGAAGCGUGUUAGAGAGUUGGAACAGGAGAGGAAGAGACUGCAAGUCAACCUGGAAAAGAUGGAGGACCAGGCUAAGGGCAAGGUGGGCCCAUGUCUCAGUCUAGUGUAGUGUUCUUUUCUAGCUUGUUUUUGUAUGCUUCUAAAAGAUUUACACAGAAGUUUCUCCCAUUACUGCAGGUUGAGCUUUUGAUCUUAAAAAUAUUUUGUCUUGAAUACCUUUAAGUUUAAGAUCAGGAUCGUGAUUGUGAUCCUCAAGCUUGGUGCUUGGGUAAUAACAUUGCAUAAUAGCUGCCUGCCUCCACCUUAUCAACCCGAAGUGGAAUAAAUACUUUUUACUAUCUUGCUUAGGGAAUUGAUCCAAAGACCACGUCAGAGCAAGAGAGUGAGGACCUGGCCUACAACAGUCUCAAGGUACAGAUCCAUCCACUGCCACACAUAUACACACACUAACAUACAUACAUACAUACACACAUGCACGGACAGUGUGCGGUACUAGUCUGCAGUGGGAUGUCUCUAUUUGUGGUGUUCGAUUUCUUCUUCACUCUGGCUGUUCUGCUGCCUUUGGCCGUCCUGCCUCUGAAACUGUGGGUGAGUAGAACUUCCAGAGGAUAGAGAGAGAUACUGGCAGGCAGGCAGGCAGGGCAUGGGUACAUGGUAGGAUAGAGAGAGAUACUGGCAGGCAGGCACGGCAUGGGUACAUGGUAUAAUUUAGGCAAAAGAGAGCGGUUUGUGGAGAGAGUUGGGUAGAGAUGCCGGUGGGACAGGCAGGAUUUGGGUGAGAGCGAGAGAGAGGUGGGUGGGAAUAGAGUGACGGGGUUGCAGCAGGGAUGCUCUGAUGGGAGGGUGCCAUGUAGAGAGAGAGACCACACUGAUGGGCACCCCUGGGGCAGAAUUUGAUGUUCAGGUAAUGUGUAAAGGGAAAGAACACGCAAACACAGAGACCAUUUUCUUUUAUGUGCCUUGGUGAGAGAGAACCACUCUCUCUUGCUUUUGGCAUGGAUAAUAAAUCAUUAACUUCUAUGGCAUAGUAGAGCUAAACAGUGUGAUUAAGACGGAUGCAUUACAAGAUUAUCAGAAGAGUCCGUCUCAAAGUGCUCUUUGAAUUGAGUCAAGUGAGAGUUCAAAGUACAAGAGAAUACAAUUUUAACAUUUUGCUGUGGAAUACUUACUUCACUUACACUAAAAAUAGCUAAAACGACACUAUUGUAUUGUGAGAGUAAAUAGGUUUUGUUCUUUGCAUUCUGUGACAUGAAUGAUGACUGCUACAGUACUGUAAAUCAUAAACUUUGUAAUAUGAGCAAAAUUUGAAUAUUUGUUUUAUGUUACAACAGAAAUAGAUAUAUGGAAAAUAAUAAAUGAAAAUGUGAUAUGAACUGAAUAUAUGAAAAGAUUUGUACCUGUAACCCCAAAAAAUUGGCCCAUCUCUACAGGGGGCUUGCUUUUUGCAUCUCGGUCAAUAGCACCAUAAUAGCACAAGCCACAUGGUUUAGAUUUGAUAUGGUUUGAGCCAUUAGUCCUACUGUAGCUGAGCAAAAUGUCACUGCAGAGAGAGAGUUGAGCACUAUAAGUCACUGGUACGGUAUCUUAGAAUAUUAAUAAUCUUGUCAGUCUAUCCAUUUAUCAACUGCAGUAGUCUGAAAGCCAAGGGUGGCUUUUACCUACAUUCCUUAGCUCAGGGCCUGCAAGUGAUUUUUAUUUGGGCCCCCAAACGUUUUUGUUUUGGUCUCCCCAACAUUUCCAUUAAUCACUAGGAAUUCAGCUAAAAAUCUGUUUAAUUUAGGAAAUCUGUUUCCAAGUAUUCCCACAAAUAAAAAGACGUGAUCGUGUCUCAAUGUAAUCAAGGUAUGAAAUGAUUUGUUAUUUUCAAAUACAAUCUCUUUUUGGGCUUAGUUGUGGUCACUUUGCAGUGUACAAGUUAUUAUAAUUAUUUUCCGGUCCUUCGACCAUUCGCUCCGACAAUAAUCGGCUCAGGUUGCCUACCCCUGCCAUACUGUAGCUAAAUAGCUACUUGCUAUAGCUAAAAUGAAUAUCAACUACAAAAGGUUUUGAUGUCUCUAAAAAUAUUUACUUACUAAGCUACUCACAAUGAGCACGGUUACAUGCACACAAUAAUACUAUUAUUAUGGAUAGUCAGAUUACUAUAAUAGAUUGUUUAAAACGUUUACAUGCUUUGCAAGAAAAAUGAUUUCCCUAAUAAUCCUGUUUCCAUGGACACAUCUGAAAUCAGGCUUCCUGAUGGGACUCUGAUAAAUGCAGAAAAUCGGUAUUCAAAAUAAACAUUCUAUCAUGGUGACCAUGUUGUUUUUGUGACGCCAAUUUGAUUCUGAGUUUGGAUAUAUAAAGUCUGUUUGCCAAAAUUAUUUGUAAGAUGUAUUCUUUCAGUUUUUCCGAACUCACUUCACUCGCGCAUAAGAGGGAGGCUUGCACUACCGGUGCUGUCACAUGCCUAGAUAAAAUACACUGCUGGAACGCCGACUAAGCUGUUUACAUGUCCUAAUAAUUCAAAAGAUUGCUCAGAAAACCAGGUGGUUUAAUCAGCGUAUGCUUACAUCGAUUAUGACCGUACACCGAUUAAAAUAAGCAGAGUAAGGCGUUUACAUGACUAUUUCCAUACUCGGCCUACUGCCAUAAUCAGUUUAAUAUAAAAUGAUUAGUGUGCAUGUAAACAUACUCAAUGUGGCAGCAAUCACAUAUUAUUCUGCUCUACAGUGAGUGUACAAAACAUUAAGAACACCUUCCUAAUAUUGAGUUGCACCCCCCCCCUUUGCCCUCAGAACAGCUUCAAUUUGUCGGGACUCUACAAAGUGUCUAAAGCGUUCCACAGGGAUGCUGGCCCAUGUUGACUCCAAUGCUUCCCACAGUGGUGAAGGUGGCUGGAUGUCCUUUGGGUGGUGGACCAUUCUUGAUACACACGGGAAACUGUUGAGCAUGAAAAACUCAGCAGCGUUGUAGUUCUUGACACAAACAGGUGUGCCUGGCACCUACUACCAUAACCUGUUCAAAGGCACUAAAAUAUUUUGUUUUGCCCAUUCACCCUCUGAAUGGCACACAUACACAAUCCAUGUCUCAGUUGUCUCGAGGCUUAAAAAUCCUUAUUUAACCUGUCUCCUCCCCUUCAUCUACACUGAUUGAAGUGAAUUUAACAAGUGACAUCAAUAAGGGAUCAUAGCUUUCACCUGGAUUCACCUGGUCAGUCUAUGUCAUGGAAAGAGCAGGUGUUCUUAAUGUUUUGUACACUCAUUGUAUAUUACUUUAUUACUUUUAUUGUUAUCAAUCACUGUCAUUCUUUCCCACAUUGAGCCUUGGUAUUUAAUCACUUUUAUAACCAAUGAUUACCUAAGCUCAAUUUUAGAUUGCCAAUAAAUCUCUUUGUACUUUGGCCGUGUGUUUCCACAGAGGCAGGAGCUGGAGUCUGAGAACAAAAAGCUGAAGAACGACCUGAACGAACUGAGGAAGGCCAUCGCUGACCACGCCUCCCAGAACAGCUCCUCCAAUGAGCUGCAGGACGGCUACAACCUGCUGCUUGGCCAGCUCAAAGCAGCCAAUGAGGAGCUGGAAGUGCGCAAGGAGGAGGUCCUCAUCCUCAGGACUCAGAUUGUCAGUGCAGCCCAUCAGAAAGAGGAGACAACCAAUCACAUCGUAAGUUGACAAACUGGGAGUUAAGUUGACAUGGCUUUGGUUGCCUGUACUUGGGAAAUGCAGCAUUGAUUGUCCAGUUUAUAUGUCCCUGUUUGCUUAUCAAAAGGUUAUCUACAGACACAUUAAGGACGGCUGAUAUACUUUUCUUGUUUGUGACUCUGGUUUGAUGGGCAACAUGAUUAUAAUGUGGUGAAAUUUUAUUGGGUCAAAUCAGCCAUAUGAUGAAAAGCACAUGAUAGUCAGUCCUGUAUAUUAUGGACUUCAGUGACUAGCUUCUUACACAAAACAAAAAAGUUGAAUAAGACAUUUGAUCAAAUGUUACAUUCUAGUUGGGUUCAGACAAAGGUACAUUUUAGUCAUUUAGCAGACGCUCUUAUACAGAGCUACUUACUGUAGUGAGUGCAUACAUUUUCAUACUUUUUCGUACUGCUCUCCCGUGGUAAUCGAACCCACAACCCUGGCGUUGAUACCAGAGAAACUUGUCAUAACAGCCAUGCUCUACCAACUGAGCCACAUGGGACCAUUAAUAUGUAUAGACUAGUAUGUAACUAGAGAGUCUCAUUAUGAGACUUUUGACAGAGACUGGCCUCCAAGUCAGACCUCCAACUGAGAUGGGACUAGGAGUGUAAAAGACUGGGAGUCGAUGGCAGAUCAGUCCUAACAUGGUAAUGUUCCUACAGUGUAUUCAUCUGAAGUUAUGUCCUGAUGAAGAGCGUAACGUUUGGUUUGGGAGCUCAGACUCAAGGACAGGAGACUAGAAAGGACGAUGGUGUGGAAAGCAGAAGAACAAACAGCUUUUAAUCACAGAGGCGUAUCUCUCCAAUUCUCAUUCCCCCUCACGCCUCACAAAGACAUUUCCCUAACAGAGAGAGAGAGAUGUGGCAGAAGGAGGAGGAGAUCACUGUCAGUAUCAUGACUCUCUUUAUGUGGCUGUCUAGUUAAUAUAUCAGACUACUGAGCUGCUCUCUCCCAGUCCCACCUUCUAGGUUAGUGGAGGAUAUGCUUGGCAUGUCAUACUCCUUUGAAGGAUGUGAUUAUGAUUGACAUGUUUUGCCCUCAGAGAUGAUGGCCUGUCUCUCUGAUUAUUCCUUCCCCAAUUGUUUAAGCUGAUUGGUUCAGAUGCUGAGCUAGACUGGUAUGAAAGUGUGUUGAGGACAGUUUUACUACAAUAUACUGUAUGACAGGUUUAUCAGUGAGUAUUAAACACUGAUUGAGUUUGAUCUAAAGAGGAAAAAAGAUUAAUCGAUAAAUGUCUGCAUGAUUCAUUACCUUAUAAAGCAGUUGUAUCCACCAACUCUCUCCCAAUGUCUUUACUACCUCCACGACGCCGUCACAAAUUGACCUGUAUGUCUCGCCCUCUCCUCUUCAUAGGAAACCAAUAACGCGCCUGAAUGGACCGACAGCAAGAAGCCCAUAGACAAGGAGGAGGCUGUGAGGGCCUACCAUGGACUCUGUGAGUCUAAGAAGUACGUUUGUCUUUCUUUACCUCCUAUUGUGAGUGCAGUAAUAGAAAACAAACAGGCCUGUGAUGAAUAUGGACAUUUCUGGUUUUUCUCUCAUACCCACUAGUGCACAGAAUGGGCAGCAAUGUUUUUCAAUGUAAAUAUCACAUUGUUACUUAUGGAUUGACAGGGUGAAAUGGAAAUGGGUUAAUUUGUCACACUGGUGGUUCAGCUUUCAUUCUAUGUGACUACAUACAAUUCCGUAAGUGUUGCCUACUGUAGUUUUGUCCAACUGGAGAUUGCCUAGAGACGUUCACUACUGUACCUCUAUGCCCAGCUUUCAGUUCUACUGCCAACAUCAGUCAGUUGUAGUCCAACAGACACCGCUUAGCUACAGUAUGUUCAACGUAAGAGAAGAUAACAGAAUGACUUUAUUGUCCCCAUGGGGACAUGCGGCUCUGUGCAUACAUAAAAACACAUAAUCAGGGAUUGACAGAGGACACACACAGACAAUAAAAAGUUCAGUUCAUGAGCGAUUUAACGAUCAUCUGCACACUACAGUAUAUACACUAUACACAAUAGAACGCUCUGUCAACUUCAAUGUUAGCUGUAGGCCAGUCCGCUGGUCCUACUGGUGGUUUUCAACGUUCAGGAGCCUUACUACCGCUGGGAUCGUUUGGCUCAAACUCCUGCUAAAGAGGAUGUCUGAGGUCCAUCAGUACCUGACAGACAGACAGACAAACAAACCAAAAAGCUCUUUUAGUGCAGAUUUUUCCAAAUGAAAAUUUUAACUAGGCUAGCCCCGAGAGGCAGUUCAGAAAUAUCACAGAGGGUUGGAAUUUUCCUUUCAGGGUAACAUCAGGUCACCUUUCUGAUCAAAACUGGCCCCAUCAUUCUGAAGUUCUGGUGACAUAUUGAUGGCAAACUGCAAUGCUUUUGAUUCCACCCCAUUGUCGUCGCCCCCCCCCCUCCCCCCUCUCAGAUUACCAGGGAGGGAAGACAUUUGUGUUGCUCAUGAUGAGCCACUCGAAGCACACAGAUUCAUCUCGACUCAGAGCAAUCUUCCAUUCCCUCGUGAUCUAUUCCUGUCCUUUUUAUUUAUCUUUCAUUCUCUGUGUCCCGGCCCGGCUGGAGGAUUCUAGCCUAGACACCAUGCUGAUUUAACAUCUCUGUUGUGUCUGGAGAGCAGAACCUUUUAACCUUUAGGGAAGUGUUAGACAUUGUCGUUAUGGCAACAUGACCCUGCAGAUAGAUGGCAGUAAUGAGAGGCAGGUGGCCAUAUAAUGACACCCUCUCACCCUGCAGAAAUGAUCUGGUUUUAAAAGGGUGAACAUCCCUGUGGGUCUAGGUGCAUAUGGAAGCUUUUGCCUAGAGAGAGGUCCAUCACUGUGCUUUAGAGGAGAUGGUAGUCUGUGUCUGUCUCUGUCUGUCUGUCUGUGCCAGUUCGCGCGUGUGUGUGAGGGCUUUUUGCUAUGUCAGCUAUAAGAUUUUAACUGCAAAAUCUCUGGUUCCUCUUGAGGUUUCUGCUCUACCUCUCUGUGGUGCUAACUCCUCUUGCUCUGUUCUGUUUUCUCAUGUCAAUUUUUUUUCACUUCCAUUUCUCUCCCUUCCACUCUUCCUUCCUCUCUCUUUCUUUCUUCCUUCCUCUCUCUUUCUUUCUUCCUCCCUCUCUCUUUCUUCCUUCCUUCUUCUCUCUUCUUCUUCCUUCCUCUCUUUCUUUCUUCCUUCCUCUCUCUUUCUUUCUUCCUUCCUUCCUCUCUCGUUCUUCCUUCCUCUCUCGUUCUUCCUUCCUCUCUCUUUCUUCCUUCCUCUCUCUUUCUUCCUUCCUUCCUCUCUCUUUCUUUCUUCCUCUCUCUCUCUCUCUCUCUCUCUCUCUCUCUCUCUCUCUCUCUCUCUCUCUCUCUCUCUCUGUCUCUGUCUCUGUCUCUCUCUCUCUCUCUCUCUCCCCCCCCCCUCCCUCCUGCCUUGCCGGCGACAGCAGAGCUUCAGACUGGGGUUAUUUGAAUGAAGAUGGCGAGCUGGGCCUGGCAUACCAGGGUCUAAAGCAAGUGGCCAGGUUGUCGUCUUCUGCUUUCCUUCUCUACUUACUGCCUUCAUGCUUAAUCUCCUACCCUCUUCCUAUGUCUGUGGUAAAAUGGAAAUAAUUUAAUGGGACAAAAAGAAGCUCAAACUGUGGCGGUUAUGAUGUAAAUGACAUAUGAAACCAUAUUGAAUACAGUAAGUCUCCACACUAUGGUACAGGAAUUCUACAAGGUAGAAGUUUGUGAAGGUUUGGUCAGCUUUAGACGUAUUGUAACCACCCCCUCUCUCUUUCGUCUUCUCCCUGUCUGCCCCUCACCUCCUCUCUCCCAGGCUGCUGGAGGCCCAGCUUCAGUCUCAGGCCAGGAAGCACGAGGAUGAGCUGGCGGCGUUCAACACCCAGAUUGAGCUGCUGAAGGAUGACAUAGAGAAGAAACAGGAAAUGCUGAACCACACCAUGUCUCUGUCUCCUGAGGCCCAGGUGGAGUACAGCAUCCAGCAGGAGAUCACCCGCCUCACCAACGACAACCUAGUGAGUACAAUAUCUACCCCCCCCACUCCAUCCAUAGAAUCUUAUUCAUAAUGAGCUAAAAGGUUAAACUAAUCCUAUAUCAGCACUCCUCCUCUGAGACUCUUUGUGAAUACGGGCCCAAGGACACCUAUUGGCCCAGAGCUCUGUUGUGUUGACUGUCUUGAAUGUUUCUGCUACUACAGGACUUAAAAGAGCUUGUGGAGAAACUGGAGAAGAACGAGAGGAAGCUGAAGAAGCAGCUGAGGAUUUACAUGAAGAAAGUACCAGAGGUGGAAGGUGAGAGAGCUGGAGGUACUAAUGAAUAUUGUCUGUAUUGGUCUCACUGAGCUGUAAUAAAGGCCUACUGAUGGACCUACAGUAUGAUGGUUAAUAUGCAUUACUAUGACUGUUAUUGCAAUAUUAGUGACCACUUUGUCUUCUUCCCUGUCUGGUGUCUGUGACUGCAGCAUCAUCCCAGUCCACCAAGGCCAAGCCACAGCUGACCCGCCAGGUGACUGUCCAGCGCAGAGAGAAGGACUUUGAGGGCAUGCUGGAGUACUACAAGGAGGAUGAGGCCCUGCUGGUCAAAACACUCAUCACUGGUACGAUGUGGCAACUCAAAUCAGCUAUGAUAGGACAGCAUCACAAGUACAACACCUGUCCAGUCCAGAACAUAUCAUUAUAUUCUCAAAUCCACACGAUGACUACAAUGAUCACUGGAAUAGUGGAUGAACUUGUUCCAAUGUUAUUGAAAUGUAAUAUUAUUGUAAUAACUGCAUGUUAUUGAAAUGUAAUGUUAUUGUAAUAACUGUAUGUUAUUGUGACCUAAAAUGUGCUGUUUGGUGUUUCCAGAAAUGAAGCCCCAGGCUGUAUCAGCCACAGUUCCCUGUCUACCUGCCUACAUCCUCUUCAUGUGCAUCCGCCAUGCAGACUACAUCAACGAUGACCAGAAGGUCCACUCUCUGCUCACCUCCUCCAUCAACGCCAUCAAGAAGGUCCUCAAGGUAUAGAUACAGAGUUCUAUUCACACAUAUGGAUGGAGACUUCACACAUACUUUAAUAUCUGUUUGCAAUGGAUCUUUGGAAGUCAAUUGCGAGGAAAGAUUGGUCAGAAAUACAGUACAGCGAUUCUGGUAUUUAACACACUUUCAUUUUACAAUUCCACUGCAGAAAAACAAUAAUGACUUUGAGAUGACCUCCUUCUGGCUGGCCAACACGAGUCGUCUGCUGCACUGUCUCAAACAGUACAGUGGAGAUGAGGUGAGACUUAUUGAUCUUUCAGAGAUUAUUGUGCUCAUUAUAAACUGUGAAGAGAUGCUAGAUGUUCAGUACUUGAGCUCAUUGAAAUAUACAAUCGGAUUACUCCUUGAUCUCUCUACAUACACAAUGCAUUUUAAAGAUUACAGACUUUUCUAGAGCAACAUAAAUACACUUGUUGUAAACACUCUACAAAAUGUAACUCUCUACAACUGUCAUCCCUGUCUUGUUGUGUGUUCCCAGGCCUUUAUGACUCAGAACACAGCCAAGCAGAAUGAGCACUGUCUGAAGAACUUUGACCUGGCAGAGUACCGCCAGGUGCUGAGUGAUCUCUCCAUUCAGAUCUACCAGCAGCUCAUCAAGGUGGCAGAGCACAUGAUGCAGCCCAUGAUCGGUGAGGAGCUGGGGGAGCUAAGGGCCAAGAGCUGUAUGGUCCAGAAGUUAGGGACAAUGGAAUUGGAAAUGGACCAACUUAUUCUUCAUUCUGGGUUGAUUGUACCGCUGUUUUCACAUUGAAGAAUUACUUACAUGAUAUUAGACUUUUAUACUGUAUUCCCUUAUAUUACUGAUCUACAUAUAGUUCAGUACUUAGGUUUCCUAAAUUGAGAAAAGUUAACCAAUGAAACCUAUAGAAAUGUAUGAAUGAAUGAAUACGUUGCAUGAAAGACUAUCUCCUUCCUUCCCCCGGGCAGUGUCGGCCAUGUUGGAGAGUGAGAGCAUCCCCAGCCUGGCGGGAGUAAAGCCCAUGGGUUACAGGAACCGCUCCUCCAGUAUGGACGGGGAGGGCCCAGGGAGCUACACCCUGGAGGCCCUGAUCAAACAGCUGGGCCAGUUCCACGGUGUGAUGGGCGAGCAUGGCCUGGACCCAGAGAUAGCAAGCCAGGUGGUCCGGCAACUGUUCUACAGCAUCAACGCUAUCACCCUCAACAACCUGCUGCUCAGGAAAGACGUCUGCUCCUGGAGCACUGGCAUGCAGCUCAGGUAUGUUUACAUAUAUACAGAACCUUGCUGGGGAUGUUCUAUAUUACUAGGGCCUGACCAGGAAAAACUCCAGGUUCUUAAAGGGAAACUCUACCCAAAAGCUAAAUUUUGGUAUUUGUUUCAUUAGUCCACUGUUGAUACAGUCCCAAAAUGUUUUGCAUGUCAGCAAUUUAGUUUUCAAGAUAUUGGACUUUCAAGAACGAAAGUGUCACUGGCCACAUCAUCAUGAUGAUGCAAAAUGGGACUAUGAACAGUGGACUAAUGAAAAAAAUACCAAAAGAGUUUCCCUUUAACGGUACAUACAGUAUUGCUGAGAGGAGAGGAGCACUGGUACAGAGAGGGAAAAUAACUGUAGCUCAUUACAGUAGCAUAAGGGAUUUGAUGAAGGCUAUUCACUGAAGAGGUGGGUCUAUACUAAGUGUGUUUCACUGUGAUUGGGCAGGUACAACAUCAGUCAGAUGGAGGAGUGGCUGAGGGGGAAGAACCUUCACCAGAGCGGGGCGGUGGUUAACAUAGAGCCCGUUAUCCAGGCCGCCCAGCUGCUGCAGGUCAAGAAGAAGACGUCCCAGGACGCCGAGGCCAUCUGCUCCCUGUGCACUGUUCUCACAAUGCAACAGGUACACUUAAACACCUGUUACACAAACCUGUCACACAUCACCAAUCCUACAGCAUCCAGCACACAGAGCUCCACUCACAACUCUGACUAUGCCUCAACGUUCACAGGAAGAGUAUUAACCAGUGUCUUAUUUGUGGUACAGAUCGUGAAAAUUCUCAACCUCUACACCCCGCUCAACGAGUUUGAGGAAAGAGUCACUGUGUCCUUUAUCCGAAACAUCCAGGUAACGAUACUUCAUCUAUUUAAUCAGUUAUUUUCGGUCAAUUUUUAUAUUUAUUCUUUUAAAUAUAUUUUUCCACCAAAUGUUGUCUAUCUUGUUGUUCUCAGAAUCGUCUGCAGGAGAGGAAUGAUGUCCCAAGGCUCCUGGUGGACACCAAGCACACCUUCCCUGUCCUGUUCCCCUACACCCCUUCCGCCCUCAGCCUGGAGACCCUGCACAUCCCUGCCAACCUAAGCCUAGACUUCCUCACUCGAGUCUGAGGCUUCGGCGAGGCCUACCACAGGCCUGGUUCUUAGCAAAGAAGAGUAGAGCCCAACAGAGGGCCCUCUAACCUGGGUAACUUACUUCCAGCUGUUGAUCUCAACAGCAGAGGGCGACAAGACUACAGCACUCAAUGGAAGGCAAAGAACCUUCCAACUGACCAACAAUGGAGGCUGUCAAGUCUCUGUCUGUGUACAUACAGCAGAAUGUGUCUGUUAUCAAGUCAUCCUUUAUACCUGUCCAUAACUGCAGCUUCCCUUGGUGUCUUCUCCAUUGGACUAUUGAGAUGCUGUGCUUCAAUGAUUAACCAUCAGCUCUGUCCCAUCCAGUCAUUUAUUUUAUUCACUGUAAGAAGUCUUUAUGGUGAGCCCACUGUAAUUAAUUCCUCUCACAGAUUAAUUGAAUCUGUGUAAAUGUGUGCUCUCACACUUCCAUUGACAAAGCAUUAAUUCCCAGUUAGCCACUCUGCCUUGUUCUACCGUGUCAGCCUCUGUCUUCCUCAUGAUGAGUUAAAUCUCUAUGUUCUCAGCCUUACUCCUCUCUAGGAGCAGACAGGAGCAGCACUGCAUUGCAGUGGCUCUGUUUGUGACUCACACUGCACAGCCCUGUAGCUCUUCUGCUCUCUAUCCUUCCUACGCCUUGAGGAAUCCUCAGUCUUCUGAGGCUCAACUUUUAUUUGGUAUCUCACAUAAAUAGCUGUUUCUUCUGUGUUCAGAUAAGAGCACACAGUCUCCUGCUACACUACAUGGUCCAGGAAGUCCGAAGCGCUCAACAGAGAGAUGUGUUGUUUGUUUUUACUCUGAAUUAAAUUUAACUGACUCUGCCAUCUCAUUGAAAUGUUCGGUAUCAUCUCAGAAUAAGGAGAAACAAAGCCAAGCUUUAUGUAAGUGAGGAUUAAGUCCGAUAGAUGCAUGUGUCGGUGAAGUUGAGUAGAGAGAAAGUGCAUUUUAAAAUGGGACUAGAGAGGUGCAAUACAUGAGACACUGAGUGUCCUGUGCAGAGUAAGGUAACAGCAAUUCCAGCAGGACAGUCUUAGCCUGGUU